GGUUUUUUUUUUUUUUGGUAGGUUUUGAGGUAAUUUCUAUAUCAUCUUUGAAUCUUAUAAUCCAGGAAUUAGACAGCAAGGAUAUUAUUUUCCCCAUUACAGAUGAGUAAACUGUGAUUGAAAUUAGGGACUUGAAAAAAGUCACACAGUAGCAGAAACCAUGCCUUUUGUGUUUUAAUUAAUGCUCUUUACACAAAGUCAAGCUGACACUAUAAGGUACAUGUAACUAGUAACUUAAAUAUUUUGUGAUCCUUUUUAAAAAGGCCCUAAAUAUUUAAGUUUGACUUUAAUUUAGACUUUUGCCUCUCUUGCAGGCAGUCUGGUAUCGGGGGAGAGUGGGCUUUUAAAUUGAGCUUGAGUUUGAAUGCCAGUUUAUUAUAGUUACUUAUUAGCAACUGAUGUUUACCUCUCUAAACUUUAAUAUUCUUCCUAUAAAAAGUAGAUGAUCUCUAAGUUUAGUGAGCUAAUAUGUAUGAAGUGCACAGUUUAGUAUCUGACUUAUUACAUGUUAGUUUUUUUCUUUGAUGUUAGCUAACUUGUUUUAACAGUAUACUUUCAAGUGUAUAAAGGUUCUGUAAUUUGUUAUUGAUUGUAUUUGUUCUUGAAAGAAGCCCAUCAAUAUAUAUUUGUAUGAAAAUCAAAUAUUUUGAAGACUGUACUUUGAAGUGAGAAAUUUUUAAAGGUAUUUCUUAGUGAAACAGAUUUUUGCUUUUAUUCAUAUUGUUCAAUUGGUGAUCAUGUCGUGGAGUCGUAUUUGUACAAGUGCAUCCACUUCCUGGGCAACAGACCAAAGAGGAUCAUAAUCUUAGAUAUUAUCAGGCAGGAGGAAAAUAAUGGAAGGAAAAAAAAAAAAAGAAUGUUAAGUAUUUAAGCAAGUAUUUUUGAGUUGCUGGAAAUGCAAAGAUAGUUAUUUAAUAUAUAUACUUACAUGGUUGUGUCUAAAUAGUUUUAUUAAGUAAGACUUAUUAUAUACAAAAUGUGUAUUUACCAAAUGUGUCAUGUCCUUUUUGUUUUUGAUACAGGGUGUUAUAAGAAACUUGUUUGCUUGUAUAAUGAAGCAUUUACUAUAUACCAACGUAUUUCUAUUUUUUAACCUUUUAUUAUGGACGUUUUAAUGAAUACACAGAAGUAGAUGGAAUAAUGAACCACCAUGUGCUUACCCAUCACCAGGCUCUAACAGUUACCAGUUUAUGUCUGGUAUUCUUUCUUUUAUCCUCUCUCUUUUUUUUUCCCUACCCUAAACUGGAUAAUUUUAAAACAAAUACCAGACAUUAUAUCAUUUCAUACAUAAAUACUUCUCUGUUGUACUGUCUUAUUUCUUACAUUAAUUUUUAAAAUACUUAUUUUAUUCCAGGAAAUGUGUACUCUAGUUUAUUUCAGGAGACUCUCUUACGUCUCCCCUGCCCUCUUUCAAGAUAGAGUUCAGCAAGAGGCUACUGCUUCUAGUGUAUACUGUACCCUGUAAUCUUUGUUUAGCUUACAGUUCAUGAGGUCAGACUUGGGUUCAAAUCCUUAUUCUGGCAUUUACUUGUGUGUGGCCUUGGCCUUAUCAUUUAAUUUUUUGUGGUUCAUUUUUCUCAUCUUUAAAUGGGGACAGUAAUACUGUUUUCAUCAUAGAUUGUUCUAAAGACUGAGGCAAAUUCAUAUAAAGCAUUUAACCCAGCACAUAAUAAAUGUUCAAUAAAUGUUAGUUAAAUAUAAAAAAGUAAACAGCAAACAUGUAUAUAAUGCUUACUCUAUGUCAGAAACUGUACAAAUAUGAUCUUACAAAUUCUCAUAACAACUCUUUGAGAUACUGUUAUUACCCCGUUUUACAGAUGAGGAAACUAAGGCGUAGUAACUCUGAAUAACUUACUGAGAAUCACGCAGCUAGUUGUAGAGCCAAGACCCCAAACCUACGUAGUCUCACUUUAGACUCUAUGCUCUUAACCACUGUGCUAUAAUCCUCCCUAUGUUAUAUAAUAUAAAGUAUUAUUAGUGACAUGUAUAUAUACAUGCUUUGCAUCAGUAGUCUCGAUCUCCAACUAAUAAUUAAAAACUAAGCCCAGAGUGAGGAGAAUUUGAGUAAUUACUAUCAUAUAGUCUGCUAGUUUUUUUUUUUUUAUAGAGUAUAUAUUUUCCAAAUUUAAGUUCUUCAUUUAGGGAAGCAAGGUUGGAAAACCUGCAGUUGGGUAUCAUUAAGCUUUAGAGAGAGAGUCAAAAUAUCUUUACCAUUCAACUAAGUUUACAUUUAUUUACUUUUACUUAGUCAGCGCUCAUCCUUCCUGCUGCUACCUUUAUAUUUAAUUUCGUGAUUGCUUGACAAUGGGAAAAGAUGUUCAGCUAUUUAAUGCAACAAUAUAUAGCCAUUAAAGUGAUAUUUCUGAAGACAUGUGAAACUCUUAGUAAGAUAAAUAAGUAAAAAUGAUACUGUUGCACUGAUAUUAAAAAUAAUUUGCAUUAAAAAAUAUCCUGGACGAGCUAUAUACUACAGGUUUUUAUUUUUAAUUCUCUUUUUUUAUUUUCCCUACCUUCUUGAAAGAACAUGGUUUGUAUAUGUUAAGAAAAUAAAAUGGUUUACAGUUGGAAUAAAAAAAAAAAGUUGCCUUCAAAUCAAUUUCUGAUUCAUAGCUACCCGAUAGGACACAGUAGAAUUGCCCCAUAGGGUUUCCAGGUAGUGCCUGGUAAGUUUGAACUGCCAACCUUUUGGUUAGCAGCUGAGCUCUUAACCACUGUGCUUCCAGGAUUCAAACUUGAAGGCUAGGGUUCUUUGAGGAUCUGGGGAAAAAAAAUACAACUACGGAGAAAAAAGGCACCAUUUCUUAACUGAAAAAUAUUCGUUUUGGCCUUUAAUUUUUGUUUGCCUCAUAAAAAAAUAAAGAUAAAAAUGAAACUAAGUGAAAAUUAACAGAUAGGCUUAAAUAAGAGGUCAUUAUAGAAAUAUAGAGGCAUAGCAUAAAAUGGUAGGAAAUCAGAUAAAAAUAAGAAUAUUAAAAAGUUGGAAGAUAGAGAAAAACAUACUAGAUUAAAAUUUUUAAUGAUUUUUUAAAAGCAUGAGUUAGAUUACACGAUGGAUCAUGUUAAAGAAGUGGUUAAAUAAGAGCUACACAUCAAUAUGGUGGCAAUUCUGGUAUGAAUUAAACGUUUACAACUGGAACAUUUUUAAAAGAAAACAUGAAAUAUUAUAGUGCCUUAGAAGGAAAUAGAUUUUUUUAACUACUGCCAAUCUGUUUAAUAUGUUACCGUGCGUAACUAGAUAGUUGACCAUGAAAACCCUAACAAUAAUAAAAAUAAUAGCAGUGUCUUAUUGACUUUCUGAAAUAUUUCCAAAUGGCGAUUAGGCGUGACUUUAUUUCUCUUCCUAGGAUCCAUGUUAGUAAAGUUAGACCUUUAACUUCAAUGAAAUGUAAGAAGAUAUCUUACUGGAAAGAAUUUUCUUAAAAUAUGUAAAUGUUAAAAAUCUGUCAAAGUAUUUUCUUGUUUAGUAUCUAUGAAUCUCUAUUGAGCCAUAUCUAGUAACCUAACAAUAUCAUUAUGGAAAUAAUGAAGUUCAAACAUAUAUUAAAAGCCAUCCCAGCCUCUUGCUUCUAGGAUCCAUUUCUCUGUGAGCUGCCAACUGGUGUCAUAUCUCUUCCUAAACUCUGCUUUCAUUAUUUUUAUUCAAUGCUAUGGAAACCCUGGUGGUUAAGAACUACGGCAGCUAAUCAAAAGGUGGGCAGUUUGACUCUACCAGGCGCUCCUUGGAAACCCUAUGAGGCAGUUCUACUCUGUCCUAUAGGGCUAUCAUGAUUCAGAAUCGACUGGAUGGCACUGGGGUUUUAAAAAAUUUUUUAAAAUUCAGUACUAGAAUUCUGUGGUUUAUUACCAUUAGAGGAUAGAAAUUCAUAUUCUAAGGUGUUUUUUAACCUGAACUUCACUCCUAACUCCGCUGUAAUUAUUUCAGGAGCUCCCCCCUAAAACUUGAAAGUGAUAGUACAGAAAAAUAAUACUGAAUGUAGCAAAUAGCCAAACUUUAUUAGAAAAUGUCCCCUCAGGUUAUAUUUUCUAUUAAGAGUAACAGGUGAUUUUAAAAAACAAAAGAUCAAAUUAAUAUUUGAGAGAUCAGUUGGGCCUGAUUAUAUGGUGACAGAGGAUAGUCCUGUUAACGUUAUAGAGGUAAAAGCCAUUAUUGAAUGGAAAUGUUCCUUAUUAACUUAUGUUACUGUCUUUUUUGCUGUUGCUAAGAUUUUAAGUUACUAAAAGAGAUUCAUGUAUCUUCUGUUUGUUGUGUUGUCUUAAAAAAGAUAUAAAAAACUAAAAAGUAAUUAUAAACAUGUACUUGAAUGAAAAAGUAGAAAUUUUAUUUAUAGGUUAACUACAAAUAAUGGGUUCAGCUUUCAAAUGUAAAUAAAAUCUGAUGUUGUGGUAAAGGUUCUCUGUUUUAGAUGAUUUGAGCUAAAGAUGUGUUAUGUAAUAAUUUCAGUUACUUUUAUUCUUAACUUUUGAAAAACAGAUUUUUUUCUUUUGCUUUUAUUUUUAAUAUUUACUUGAGAAGUAGGUGAUAAUCAUUACUGCUACCCUGCCAUGAGGAUUUAUCCCUUCUUUUUUUUUUUUUCCUAUUCAGAAAAUACUGUGAUUAAUCCUUUACUAAAUUUGGUAGUACUUGGUUUUGAAGGUGACAAGGACAGAAAAGUUUCUAAUAGAGCUAAGUUGUUAAUUUCUCUUAUUUUAAAAAAUCUACUUAAAGCAAUGUUUGUAGGAGAUGUUCAUCAAAAGAAGGUGUUGGUAGUUGAAGAGAAAAAAGAAUAAUAAAGCCAAUGUUAGUAAUAACCAAAAACAUUUUCUUAUUAAUUUAUGUGUCAGGCACAUGUGUCAAAUAAUUUAUGUGCAUUUUACAGAUGUUUUUCAAAUUUAAUCCUCAAAAAAAAACCCAUGAUGUUGUACCAUUAUCCAUAUUUCAUAAUUGAGCAAACUGAGGCACAGAGGUAUUCACUAAUUUUCUUGAGGUUGCACAGCUAGUGGAAGAGGCUGGAGUUUGAACCUCCCCAUUUGACCUCACAGUUGUGAGUUUAUACUCUUUUACAGUAUAAACAUUUGAUAAAUGAUAUUUAUAUUUUGGGCUCUAGUAACAUUAGACACCCACCGUUCAGGUGGUGUAAAAAGAGUACUUUGUGUAGGAUUCUUUAAAACCCAAAAACCAACCCCACCGCCAUCAAGUCGAUUCCGACUCGUAGUGACCCUAUAGGACAGAGUAGAACUGCCCGAUAGAGUUUCUAAGGAGCGCCUGGUGGAUUAGAACUGCUGACCUCUUGGUUAGCAGCCGUAGCACUUAACCACUAUGCUACCAGGGUUUCCUAGGAUUCUUUAGCUAAACAAAUUCUAUAAGUGAGAGAAAUUCUAUGAGCCACAUGUAAAAUCAGUAAAGAGUAUGAUGAUGAGCCUUUUGCGGAAGAUUUUAAACUUGAAAUUAACAAUCAUUGCCUUAAUUUGGUGUGUGUUUUUGGUGUAUGUUUUUAAGAUUUAGGUGAAGCAAAUGGCUGACCAAACCAUUUCUGUGUUGGCUGAUAAUGGGACUCAGAAGCAAAAAGUAGGGGAAAGAUAAGUAGAAGCCACCACCUAAGGAGAAUUACUUUAGAAUUGGAGAUACGAUGGGCCUUUGGAUUUCUGUGGCAGUAGUUUUAUGGAAGCGCUGAAGUUAAUUGUCCCUUAUUUCUGCUGGUAUGUUUCAGAGCCAAACUAUAUUUGAGAAGAGAUGAGCGACAGAAGCAGUACUAAAAGGAGCCUCAGGAGUUGUUUCUCACUGAGUGGUUUUUGUUUCCUGAACUUCCCGGAAACUUCUGUGUUAGGAAUUAGAAGAUCUGGGUGAAUUAGUUCUAGUUUGGCCGUGAGACCUUGUAUAAAAUCACGUAAAAACUCCUUUUCUUCAGCAGAGACAUUAUUAUGAGCCUACUAGAGAACUAUGAGAAAGAACAACUAAAGUAAUGUUACAGGGCUUUGAAAAUUGUGCAGUGCUAUAUGAGUUUUGUGUGUUUUUAUUACCUGCUGUUGAGUUGACCCCCGACUCAGGGCAGCCUCAUGCCCAGUGAAAUGCUGCCCGGUUCUGUGCUAACCCCAAGAUCAGUUGUCAGUCAGAUUGGUGUGAUCCAUAGGGUUUUCAUUGGUUGAUUUUCAAAAGUAGAUCACCAGGCAUUUCUUCCCCUCUGUCUUGGUCUGGAAGCUCACAACAUCAUACCAACAUGCAGGCCUCCACUGACAGCCCCAAAAAACCUGUUGCUGUUUAGUUGAUUAUGACUCAUAGUGAACCUAUAGGACAGAGUAGAACUGCCCCAUAGGACUUCCAAGGAGUGGCUGGUGAAUUCAAUCUGCCGACCUUUUGGUUAGCAGCCAAGCUCUUAGCCACUGUGCCACCAGGGCUCCCACUUCCGUUGCCAUCCAGUCGAUUCCGACUCAUCACAAUCUGACAGUUAGGGCUCUGUUAACUUACUUUGAUUCUUCUUUUCGCUGUCCCUUUUUUUUUUUAUCUGCUCCCUUCUACCCAUAUCUCCAUUUUCUUAUGGUACUCUACAGUUUGCCUGUUGGUUCUGCUAUUAUUUCUUAUAUCCUUUACCUUUCAUCUUGUAUCUUUCCCUUCUUUUUAAAUAUAAACCACCUUUAUAGAAGUAUAGAAGUGCACCCAUUUUAAAUGUUGGAUAAGUUUUUAACAAGUGUAUACAUUUGUGUAGUUGUCACAAUCAGGAUACAAAAGAUUUCAGUCACUAUAUAAAGCUCCCACUUGAUCUUUUGCAGUUAAUUCUGACCAUUCCAGCCCCCAGGUAACUACUGAUCUGAUUUUUGUUAUUUUAGAUUUGUUUUGCCUUUUUAGAAUUUCUUAGGAAUUUGUUGUUCAUCCACCAUCAUCAUUCAAAAGGGAAAGCAAUAUAAAAAAAAUGGGCAUAAAGGUAAUAAGAAAUUUUAAAUUCUAUUAUAUAUGUCUAUAUCAUUCUAUAAUAUAUCCAAGUGUAGAUUUUUCAGUGAUUGAUUUUUGAUGUUUAUUUCUAAGUAUAUGUUCCAGUUUUUUAAAAAACCAGUUGCCGUUGAGUCAGUUCUGACUCAGGCAAUUCCAUAUGUGUCAGAGUAGAACUGUACUCCAUAGGGUUUUUUGUAGUUCAUUUUCAGAAGGAGAUCGCCAGGUGUUUCUUCCGAGGUGCCUCUGGGUGAACUCGAAUUUGCAGCCUUUUGAUUCGUAGCUGAGCAUGUAAACUGCUUCAGUUAAUAGGGUGUUAAAGAGUUUAGUAAUUCCAUCUAGAUUGGAGAAGGAAGUUAGUAAUAUGGUUCACUUUUAUUGGUUAAUAUGAAAAUAGUUUUGUGCAAAGAGUACCAGAGGAUAAAGUUUCCUCUUAUAUUUUAUGAUUGUAAACUGAAGUUUAGAAGUUUAAAAUUCCAUUUUAGAAUAACUUAAGUCUUUAGAGGGGUAUAGAGUUGAAUAUGUAGGAGGGAUGUAUUUAUUUGCUCUGAUAGUUUCUGUAGAUUAAGCAUAAAGGUAAAAACUGAACAUAAUUUAUUGUCCCUUAUAGUGAGUAGUAUCUUGAGCUUAACUGAGUAUUGUAAAUACUCUUUUUAAAUAAAAUUCAAAUUUGAGCAGUAGUUAAACAUACUAUAUGCUAUAUUGCUGGUUCAGACAUUAGACAUUAAAGUACUCUUGUUAGCAAUGUAAUGGAACAUUUAAAUGCUUGUUGAUGGGGGCCUGGUUAUACAAGUGUAUUUAUUUGAAUUCAAGUUUUCAUUGCAAUCGUCUGUGUAAAUCAUUGGGUCACAUUGUGGUUGAAAGCAUGUUUUAUGGCAAUGAAACACCCAAACAUAGGUUAAGCUAACAAAUAGCUGUUCCUCACAGUGGAAUUGUAAUUUGAAGUCACAAGAAUUUGUUAAUUUCUUUUUUCCCAGUUUUUAAGUACCAGCUUGCUUGUUCAGUCUUCAUUCCAGAACUUGUAUUUCCCUUGAAAAAAUAUUACUGUAAAACGGAAUUAAUGGUAAUAAUUUAAUGUUCCCAUGUGGAAUGUUCAAUUUACCAACACCUAGAUAAAAAACAGGCAGUUAUAAGGACUUUAAAAACACCAUAUAUUAAGUUUACUUGAGUAAGUUUUUGUAAAACUAUAUUGUGAACUCCAAGACUCUUUUCUAUAUUCUUUUUUUGUUUUUGUUGUUCAAUCAUAUGUAAAGUAAAUGAGUGUGAAAUAUAAACAUAGCUUGAAUUUUAAGGAAGUUUUCAUUUUCUUAGUUUAUUUUUGCCAGAGUACAACAUGAAGAUUUAUGUAUAACAUUUGAAUAACAGAUGCUUUGGGUGGGUUGGGUAAGAUGAGUACCUAAUUCUUUAAACUCCGUUAUUGCUUUUUUUUUAAACUGGGUAAGGAAAUAGUUCAAGGACAGAAUGUCAUUAGUUACGUAAACUACCACACUACUACAGUAAACACAAAGAAUACAUUCACCAUGUAAAGCACGGUAAAUAAAACCUAAAAAAUAACUUUCUUGAAAAAAUGUUUUCAACCAAACUUCACAAGAGUGGAUAAAAUUAACACAAUGAAUUCUGCACAGAAAAAUAUUAAUGCAUACUAAAUUGAAAACAAGGAAACUUAUUCAAUGGUGGCUCAAUGGUGAAGUGCUUGGCUGCUAACUGAAGGUUGGCGGUUCAAACCCAGUCAGUGGCUCUGCAGGAGAAAGACCUGGUGAUGUGCUCCUGGAAAGAUUACAGCCUAGAAAACACCGUGGGGGAGUUCUGCUCUGUCGCAUGGGGUCACUGUGAGUGGAAAUCAACCCAGUGGCACAUAACAAUACCAAAUUGACAACAGAUUUACAGAAGUUCUUAUAAACUAAAAAUGGUAAAGGUGAUAAUAAGCAAAUCAAAGCCCCAUGUAAUUUUCAGGCUUGUGAAUUAAAACCCAAUUUCGAAAGCGUUCAUUACUUUCUAGUUGUGUGAUUUUAUGUAAGUUGCUUAACCUUUUUGUGACUCCAGUUUUCUUUUCUGUAAUGCGGGGAAAAUAGACUGAUAGAAUUGCUAUGAAGAUUCAGUAAGUUAAUGUAAUUCUAAAUAAUUCUAAAGUACUUGGAAUAGUGCCUGGUGUAUAGUAGGCACUAUGUAAGUAUUAGCUGUUGCUGUCGAGUCGAUUCCAACUCAUAGCGACUCUGUAGGACAGGGUAGAACCACCGCCUACGGUUUCCAAAGAGUGGCUGGUGGAUUUGAACUGCCAACCUCUUGGUUAGCAGCCACGCUUUUAACUACUGUGCCAAAGAAACAUGGCGUCAGAGUUGGAGGAAGACUCCUUAACAACCUGCUUUAUGCAGAUGACACAGCCUUACUUGCUGAAAGUGAAGAGGACUUGAAACACUUACUGAUGACGAUCAAAGACCACAGCCUUCAGUAUGAAUUAUACAUCAACACAAAGAAAACAAAAAUCCUUACAACUGGACCAAUAAGCAAUAUCAGAUAAACAGAAAAGAUUGAAGUUGUCAAGGAUUUCAUUUCACUUGGGCCCACAGUCAACACCCAUGGAAGCGGCAGUCAAGAAAUCAGAUGAUGCAUUGCAUUGGGCAAAUUUGCUGCAAAAGACUUCUUUAAAAUGUUAAAAAGCAAAGAUGUCACCUUGAAGACUAAGGUGCGCCUGACCCAAGUCAUGGUGUUUUCAGUUGCCUCAUACAAAAGCUGGACAAUGAAUAAGAAAAACUGAAGAAGAAUUGAUGCCUUUGACUUAUAGUAUUGGUGAAGAAUAUUGAAGAUACCGCGGACUGCCAAAAGAAUGAACAAAUCUGUCUUGGAGGUAGUACAACCAGAAUGCUCCUUAGAAGCAGGGAUGGCAAGACUAUGUCUCACAUACUGUGGAGAUGUUAUCAGGAGGGAUCAGUCCCUGGAGAAGGACAUCAUGCUUGGUAAAGUGGAGGGUCAGCAAAAAAGAGUAAGACUCUUAACGAGAUUGGUUAACACAGUGGCUACAACAGUAACAAUUGUGGUGAUGGCACAGGCCCAGGUAGUGUUUCGUUCUGUUGUGCAUAGGGUUGCUAUGAGUCAGAAGCCACUCGAUGGCAGUUAACAAUAACAACAUGCGUUUGUUAAAUAAACAAAUAAAAUAAAACACUUACCCAGAGAAAAAUUAUUUGGCAAAUGAAUGUACCUAGAAUGUAGCCAGGAACCAGAAUUUUAGUAGCAUAAGGUUCAGAAAAGGAGCCCUGGUGGUGGUGUGGUUAAAGCUCUUGGCUCCUAACCAAAAGAUCGGCAGUUUGAACAUACCAGCUUCUCUGCAGGAGAAGGAUUGAUAGUCUGCUUCCAUAAAGAUUUACAACCUUGGAAACCCUAAGGAGCAGUUCUACUCUGUCCUACAGGGUUGCUAUGAGCUGGAAUAGACUACGACAGUGGGUUUGGUUUUGAUUUUAAGGUUCAGAACAUCCAAAUCAGAUAUUGCUAAAUUUACAUACCAAGGUUUAGGCAUUCACAACACUGUGUUGCUGCAGUAUUUACCUUCUUAAAAUACAAAUGUAAUCCUACCAGUUGCUUAAAAAUCCUCUAGUAGCAUCUGUGGGCUUUAAAAUGAAAUCCAAAUUCUUUUUAUAAAGACGUGGUUCCUGAUUAUCUUUUUAAGUUUAUUUUUAUUUAUUUUUUUAUUGAAAAAAAUUCACACAGCAAUGAUCAUCAUUUAAACCAUUUUAAAGUGUACAGUUCAGUGGUUUCUAGUAUAUUCGCAGUGUUAUUCAGCCAUCAGCACUCUCUAAUUCUGGGACGUUUUCAUCACUCCAGAGAGAAACUCCAUACCCAUUAAGCAGUGAUUCUCCAUUCACUCCUCCCCCCAGCCCCUGACAACCACUAAUCUGCUUUCUGUCUCUAUGGAUUUGCCUAUUCUGGACAUUUCAUAUAAAUGGAAUUAUACAAUAUGUGCCUUUUUGUUCUGGCGUUUUUCACUUAGUAUACAUAAUGUUAUCAAGAUUCUUCUGUGUUAGUGCCUGGUGAAUUCAAACUGCCGACCUUUUGAUUAGCAGCUGUAGUUCUUAACCACUGCACCACCAGGGUUUCCUUCUGUGUUAUAGCGUGUAUUAAUACUUCAUUCCUUUUUAUGACUGAAUAAUAUACUGUAUGGAUAACAUUUGGCUUAAACAUGCAUUCAUCAGCUGGUGGAUGUUUGGAUCAUUUCCACAUUUUGGCUGUUAGAAACAAUGCUGGUAUGAACAUUUAUGUACAGCUUUUUGUGUGGACAUAAGUUUUCAUUUUUGGGGGGUGUAUAUAAAAAAAAAUUUUUUUUUUUUUUUAUAUCAAGGAAUGGAAUUGCUAAAUGAUAUGGUAACUCUGUGUUUAACUUUUCAAGGAUUGCCAAACUGUCUUCCACAGUGGCUGCACCAUUUUAUAUUUCUAACGGCAAUAUAUGAGGGUUCCAAUUUGUCUAUAUCCUGUCCAACACAUUAUUUAUUUAUUUUUUUAAUUAUGUCCAUCGUAGCAGGUUUAGUAGGUAUGAGGAGUCCCUAGGUGGUGCAAACAGUUAAGCGUUUGGCUGCUAACUGAAAGGUUCAAGUCCACCCUCUAGAGUUGCCUCAGAAGAAAGACAUAGUGAUCUACCUCUGAAAAAUCAGCCACUGAACACCCUGUGGAGUAAAAGGCAACAACAGUAAAUACUGUUACAUAUACAAUACUGCAGUAACAGUAAUAAACAAUUUAUGAGUGGAUGCAUAGGUAGAUAUGUAAGCUGAACAGGUAUGGGAGUACGCCCACAAGCACCUAUAGGUAUGGCAGAGGGUAUUUCUACAUAUGCAUCUGUAUGUGCUGCAGAUAUAUCCGUGUAUAUAGUAGAGCACACAGGGGUCACAGUUUUGAAAACUUCUUAGCCAUAACCAAACACCUUGAGGGACUGAGUCUCACUGGACAUGAAGGCUUAGGACCAAAGUCUCAGGGGACAGCUAAGUCAAUUGGCAUAAUACAGUCCAUAAAGACAAUGUUCUACAUCCUCCUUUGGUAGGUAGCAACUGGGGUCUUAAAAGCUUUUGAGCAGCCAUCUAAAAUACAACUAUUAGUCUCUUCCUGUCCAUAUCGGAGAAGAGUCAAGAAAAUCAGAGCCUCAAGGAAAAAAUUAGUCCAAAGGACUAACGGAUCAUGUGAACCAUAGCUUCCACUAGCUUGACACUAAAAGAACUAGAUGGUGCCUAUCUACCACUACUAACCACUUUGAUCGGGAUCACAGUAGAAGGUCCUCAACAAAAUGUAGAACAAAUUUCAAAUUCAUAAAAAAAAACAAAACAAAGUAACUGGUCUGAUAGAGACUGGUAGAAUCCCCAAGACUCUGGCCUUUAGACAUCCUUCAAACCUGGAACUGAACCCACUCCCUGAGAUCACCUUUCAGCCAAACAAUAGACAGGCCUGUAUAGUGAACAGUAACACUUGUGAGGAACAUGCUUUGAAGAACAGUGAACCAUACCAGAUCAAACGGGAAGCAUUUGCCCAAAAACAAAGUUGAGGGAGAAAGGGACAGGAAAGGUGGGCAAGUGGAAAUGGGGAACCGAGGAAGGAAGUGGGUAGAGUGCUGUCAUAUUGAGGGGAUUGCAACUAAUGUCGUGAAACAAAAUGUGUAUAAGUUUUUGAAUGGGAAACAGGUUUACCCUGUAAACUUUCACAUAAACCACAAUAAAAUGUUCAAAAAAAAAAAAAAAAAAUCCUGUGAUGCACAGUUCUACUCUGAUACACACGGGGUCACCAUGAGUUGGAAUUGACUCGAUGACAACUGGCUUAGUAGGUAUGAAGUGGUGUCUCAUUAUGGUUUUUAUUUGCAUUUCUGUAAAGACUAAUGAUGAGCAUCUUUUCAUAUGCUUAUUGGCCAUAUGUGUAUCUUUGAAGAAAUGUGUAUUCAAGUCCUUUGCCUAUUUUUUAAUUGGGCUAUUUGUUUUAUUGUUUAGUUAGGAGAGAUCUUUAUGUAUUCUGGAUAGCAGUCCCUUAUCAGAUACAUGAUUUUUAAAUAUUUUCUCCCAUUCUUUGGGUUCUCUUUUCACUUUUUCAGGAAUAGUAUCGUUUGAUAGUGUCCUUUGAACACAAGGUUUUAAUUUUGAUGAUGUCCAGUUUUUUCUUUUCUUUUUUUUUCCUCAUGCUUUUGGUGUCAUUUCUAAGAAAACAUUGCCUACUUCAAGGUCAUGAAGAUUUGUGCUAAGAGUUUAUAAGUGUUAGUUCUUACAUUUAGGUCUGUAGUCCAUUUUGAGUUCAUUUUUAUGUAUAGUGUAAUGUUGGGUCCAUAUUCAUUCUUUUGCAUGUGGAUAUCCAUUUGUCCCAGCACCAUUUAUUGAAAAGACUAUUCUUUCCCCAUUGAGUAGCCUUGGCACCCUUGUCAAGAAUCAGUUGACCAUAGAUGUAUGAGUUUAUUUCUGGCCUCUCAGUUCUAUUCCAUUAACCUAUGUGUUUAUUCUUAUGCCGGUACCACAGUGUUUUGAUUACUGUAGCUUUGUGGUAAGUUUUGCAGUUCAGGACUAUUUUACCUUAACAUGUUUCUUGUUGUUGUUUUUAGUUGUUGUCAAGUUGAUUCCAACUCCUGGCAACCCCAUGUGUGCAGAGUAGAACUGCUCCAUAGGGUUUUCGAGGCAGUGAUCUUUUGGAAACAAAUCACCAGGCCUGUCUUCUAAGCUGCCUCUGGGUGGGUUUGAACUGCCAACCUUUUGGCUAGUAGUCAAAUGCUGAACUAUUAGCACCACCCAGGGACUCUUGCUUUGUAAUAAGUUUUGAAAUUGAGAAGUGUGAAUCCUACUAGUUCUUUUCCAAGAUUGUUUUGGCUCUUCUGGGUACUUGAAAUUCUGUAUGUCCAUUUCUGCAAAAACAGGCAGCUGGAAUUUUGACACAGGGAUUGCACUGAGUCUGUAGAUCAAUUUGGGGAGUAUUGCCAUCUUGAUAUUAAGUAUUGAACCCAUGAACACUGUAUAUCUUCCCAUUUAUUUAGGUCUACUAUGUAAUAUGAGUUUGGUUUUUGGUUUUAAGUAAUAUAGUGAGCAAAAGCUCUCUUAGGGUACUUUGCAUCUCCAACAUGUUACAGACAGAAAAAAUAGAAUCCAAAUAGAUAAUAACACCAUUAUGGAUAAUUGAGAAAACUAGAGAUGUAACCUUAGGUUAUGGCAUAGAAGGUAUCUGAGGAUAUCAGAAAAUAUAAUUUUUCUCAGCAGGACUUUUUUUAUUUUAACUUUUUUUGGGUGUGUGCUUCAAGUGAAAGUUUACAAAUCAAGUCAGUCUCUCAUACAAAAACCCAUAUACACCUUGCUGUAUACUCCUAAUUGCUCUUCCCGUAAUGAGACAGCACACUCCUUCCCUCUACUUUCUCUCCUCGUGUCCAUUUGGCCAGCCUCUGACCCCCUCUGCCCUCUCAUCUCCCCUCCAGAGAGGAGAUGCCAACAUAGUCUCAUGUGUUCACUUGAUCCAAGAAGCUCACCCUUCACCAGUAUCAUUUUCUAUCCUAUUGUCCAGUCCAAUCCCUGUCUGAAGAGUUGGCUUUGGGAAUGGUUCCUGUCUUGGGCUAACAGAAGGUCUGGGGACCAUGACCACCAGGCUGCCUCUAGUCUCAGUCAGACCAUUAAGUCUGGUCUUUUUACGAGAAUUUGAGGUCUGCAUCCCACUGCUCUCCUGCUCCACCAGGAGUUCUCUCAGCAGGACAUUUUUUUCCUCAUGUUAGGAUGUUUUGGGGGAGGUGGUAGGUCGUAAUAAAAAAGAGCUUUGAAAAAUCUAUGCCCCACAGAACAGAAUGUAACUAGUUAGUAUGAGAUGGUUGUAGAACUGUAAGUAGAGCUUUUACCCAGCACUAACUUGAUAUAACCUAGUUUUCUUAAGUUUUUUACUUGAUAUGCUUUGCCUGGGACUUUAGUAGAAUGGAGUGUGUGUGUGGCUCAUACCUCUUCUCUUCCCUCCCCUCCCCAAUGAAUAAUAAAGGAAUUAUGUAAUUUUUAACUCUGUCAUAUUUCAGGAGUUAGUUUUACCUUUAAAAUAUAAGUCAAUGGGAAAUAGGACUUAGUGGUAUUAUUUAUAGAUAGAUUUAAAAAAAAGUAUAUAUCUUUCAUGUACAGAAAUACUGCAUAGAAAUCAAACCCUUUGAUUUCUGCAGGUCUAGGAGAAAGAUUACAUCUGAAACACUGAUUUGGGAUUACUAAAAAUCCAUUGCUGUCUAGUCAAUUCCGACUCAACUCAUAGCGACUCUAUAGGACAGAACAGAACUGCCCCAUAGGGUUUCCAAGGAGCAGCUGAUGGAUUCAAACUAUCGACCUUUCAUUAACAGCCACGCUCUCAACCACUGUGCUACCAGGGUUCUUUGGGACUAGUAGACUUGUGUUAUUGAUUUUAUUAGUAAUAAUACUACUACUUUUGGAGUAAUUGUGUUAUGAAUACCUUAAAAAAAUUUUUUUCUGUUAGAAUUAAUCUUUGAAUUAUGAGAUACCGAAGUUCAGAACAGUUUGUGUGCGUGUGUGUGUGUGUAUCAUUUUAGUCCUGUGAUUGACAUUCUUGAGCACGGAAUUGAUGGUAUUUUAUAAAAAUAUAUGAGCUAAAUGAGAGAAGCGUUUAGGUGACUGGCUAUAAACAGUAUGGAUAGAGUAUGACUACUUCAUUUUAUUGAUUAGAACAACUUUUUGUAUAUUUAUUUUAAUGGCAGCAAAAUGCUGUUUGUGCUUUUAAACAUUUAAGUCAUAUUAUAGACAUACUGACUUUAAUAUCUUUUCCAGAAAUGUUCAGUAUUUAAAUGUUUUAAUAUAAAAGCAUUGAUAAAGUAAAAAUACAUAAAAUAUCAGUAAACACAUGAAAAGGUGAUCAGCACCAUUAGUCACUAGGGAAAUGCAAAUGAAAACCACAAUGAGAUACCACUUCACACUCACUAGGAUGGCUAUAGUAAGACAGACAAUAAUAAGUGAUGAGGAUGUGGAGAAAUCGGAACCCUGAUACAUUGCUGGUGGGAUAUAAAACAGUGUAGUCACUUUGGAAAACAGUCUGUCAGUUCCUCAAAAAGUUAAACAUAGAGUUACCAUGAGACCUGGCAAUGCCCUGUCUAGGUGUAUAGCCAAGAGAAACAAAAACUUACGUUUACACAAAAACUUGUAUCCAACUCUUCAUAGUAGCAUUAUUCAUAAUAGUGAAAAGGUGGAAACAACCCACGUGUUCAUCAACUGGCAAAUACCUACCUAACCUACUGCCGUCGAGUCGAUUAUAGAUAAACAAAAAAAAUUUUUUAUAUCCAUAUAAUGAAAUAAUACUCAGUGAUAAAAAAGAAUGAAAUACUGAUACAUGCUACAACAUGAACCUUGAAGACAUUAUGCUAAGUGAAAGAAAUCUGUCACAAAAGACACUAUAUUGUAUGAUUCCCAUUUAUAUGAAAUGUUCAGAACAGACAACUCUAUAGUGACGAUAAUAGAUUAGAGGUUACCUAGACUACCUAGGGUGAUGGCUAAGGAAUGUGGGGUUUCUUUUGGGGUAAUAAAAAUGUCUAAAAUUAAUUGGGGUGAUGGUUGCACAGCUCUGUGAGUAUACUAAAAACAAUUGCAUACUUUAAGUGGGUGAAUUGUAUGAUAUGUGAAUUGUUUUUUUAAUAAAGCUGUUACAAAAUAUAUGUAUGUAUAAUAUAUAAUGUAUAGGAGUUUAAACAGGUAGUGAGGGCUGUGAAAACAGAAUAGAAUUUAUGUACUUGAUUUUUUUAUUGUGUAGGACUGUUCUAACAAAAGUAAUUUUGAAAGUCUGAUAUGUACUUUUUUGGUAAAUUUUAUGAGACAGAAGUGAUUGUGUGGUGCCAUGUGGAAAGGAGAUGAUUUUUGUUCAUUUAACAGUAUAUUUUAAUUGUCUUUUAUAGUUUUGUUUUCAUAGAAUAGAAUUUGUUACUUUGUAUAUGGAACCCCAAAUCUUUAACCUUAAAUAUAAAUGAGAUGAACUAAGUAUCACCGAGGGUGACAUAUCUUGGAUAACCUAAAAGAAAAUUGUGAUGAGUUAGACUGGACUACAGAUUACUUUUUGAAAAAAAUUUAUGAAGCAGACACAUUAGCCUCAUUUAGAUUGGAGUUUUUUUUACUAUUAAUAUGCAUGGUUGAUUCAUUUUGUUGUUUCUAGAAAGUAAAUGUUUAAUACUGGAAAGAGGUUUGCAGUUUUCUGAUAAAUGUCACAGAAUAGUGGCAGUGAGCCAGGGAGAAGAAAAGCUGCAUUAGUGAAGUGAGAAAGACUUCUGUAGCUAUGGAAACCAUAAACCCUACUAAAUCUCAAAAAGAUAUUGUUUGUACUUAGGGUAUUAAUUAGACAUUGGUAGAGGUUAAUGAGAACCCUGGAUAACUGCUAGAUUAAAUCUGGUUGUAAUUGUAUUCAUGAAAGGGUCUGGUUAAGAAGCAUUGUUGGGUGGUUUAGUAUUUGUUUUGUGUGCACACUAAUGUGCUUAAUUUAUUUUUCUUUAAUUUGACUUCUUAUUGCCCUCAACUACUAAAAAGCUUUAUUUAAAAGGAUAAUAUGUAUGUAGAUUAUUACUACAGCUCAAAUUUUAGUUUAUUUAAGAAUAAAUGAGAGAAUAUGAAUAUGAUUCAGUUUAGUAAAAGUUAAAUUUUGACCAAUACUUGUUUAAUUACUGGUAAAGUGCAUAUUAAGCUAUGCAUGCUAGAUUUUAUGGAUAAACCACUUUUCAGGUGUAAAUUAGGCACUUUGGUAAUUUACAGUAAUUCUUGUAAAAUGGCCAGUGUUCAAGUAGUAAUUUCCUGAUGGAUACCCUGACUGCCUUAUAAGCUUAAUAUUUCUCAUAAUUAUAGAAACCAACUUAUUCUUCAGAAUAUUUAAGAUUACAUCUAUAAUCAGGGUUGCCUAUACUCGUUUGGUAGAAUUAAAAUGGGCUAUUGGGGGUGACAAGCAUUAGAAGUGAAAUGCUGGUUAGUCCAAAAAAUAGAAAGGUAACCUAGAGCUAGCAAAGAGAGCUGCUGAAUAAUUGUGUUCUUCCCACACUUGUUUAUUUAUGUGUGUGUACAUUUCCCCUCAAAUUUAGAUGUGUCUUCUUAUUCUAGAAGGUACUUCUUCAAUUUACUAGGCCCAUUUAUCAGAAACAUCCACCUGUCAACUAGCAUAGAAGCAGAUUGUGUUUUGAAGUCUCCCAAAUCAAAUAAAUUUAGAAGCGAAAUUUAACAGUCCUUUAUUGGAAAUGAAUUGGAAAAAGUGAACUGUGAGAAGUAAGCUCUUGGAAAAAUUAUUUUAGGUCACAGCCUAUAAUCAGAGCCUAGAAGAAAGAACUGAUCCAUUGGGAAUGCAAAAUCAGAGGAAAGUUGGUGGAAAAAAAAAAGUUUUAUACCUUCUUCCAUGAAGGACUAUUAAAAUACUCAAAAUGUUUUACUUUUUGAACAAAGAUAGACCAGGGCAUUACAUUGCAAAGUUCUUGUCUGUGUUGGACCCUCCCCUUUCCUACCUGUUUUUUUAGUAGCACAUUAUUCGUCUAAUUUGUUCAUUAAUUGCAUAUUUCAAAAAUCACGGAUUUCAGUGGAUGUAAAAACCAGUUCUCCCACACAUUUAUCAGUUUGUCAUACUGUGGGGGCUUGUAUAUUGCAAGAGGAUGACGAGACUUCAUCUCACAUACUUUGAACAUGUUAUCAGGAGGGUCCAGUUCCUGGAGAAGGACAUCAUGCAUGGUAAAGUGGAGGGGCAGUGAAAAAGAGGAAGACCCUCAAUGAGAUGGAUUGACACAGUGGCUGCAACCGUGGGCCCAAGGAUAACAACAAUCAUGAGGAUGGUGCAGGAGUGGGCAGUGUUUCAUUCUGUUGUACAUAGGGUCACGUUGAGUUGGAACCAACGUGACGGCACCUAAUAACAACAGAAACCAUUUGCUACAGAGUUGAUUCCAACUCAUGGUGACUCUGUGUGUCAGAGUAGAAUUGUGCUCCAUAAGGUUUUCAGUGGGUGAUUUUUUGGAAGUAAACCACCACGGUUUUUUUCCUAGCUGCCUCUGGGUGAGCUUGAACCUCCAAUGGGUAAAUUAACCAUUUGUAUCACCCAGGGACUCCUUAGUAAACAUAGAUCUCCGUAAAGGGGCUGGAUGGUAUGUCCUGUGAGAAAAAUACCAUUUUAGCAAUCCAAAUGUGUAUGUGUUUCUCGUGAUAAUGUACUAGGAAGGAUUUUUGGCCACUGUGUCUCAAGUUACUCAGGUUUUUGAGAACCAACAUGAAAAGGGAAGACCAGAUGAAGAGCUGUAGGGACAGUUAAGGGGAAACAAGCAUCCAGCUUCUCCUGUUGAUGGAAAAGACUUUUUUCUACAACUGUGACUCUCUGUAUUUUUUGCUUACCAUUAUAAAACAAAAAGUAAAAGAGUUAAAGGAAAAAGUAGUAUUAAAGCACUUAAUUAGAAGAAAAAGUAUUUUUAAAAAAUUAUUUCAGUGUAAAUAAAACAUCUAAACCUAAAAAAAAAAAGUAUUUUAAAAACUCAAAGCAGAAUUAAACGUAGAUAAAACCUCAACCCAGAAAUUCAAAGAGCUAGGAGUAGACAGAAUUAAAAAUUUUUUCCUUAAUUUUGAUAUUUAUCUAAGGUUGAAUAAAAUCUUCCGUGUGCACAGUCUGUACCUCAGGAUGAUUCAAAUGGCUCCUUUGAGUCUUCAGGGUAAGACUGCAGGGUAAGAUUGCAAAGCCAGAAAUUAAAAGAGAAGUCCUAAUUACUUUGUUGCUAAACAGCAAGAGGUUAUUUUCCUUGAUACUUUGUAACUUUGUUUCCUAUGAUCUCUCCUCUUUAUAUUUUGUUUUCCAUCAUAAGUGUCUCUGACACCAUGACAUUUAAAGAGUUCCUUAUUUUGGCUAUUUGUAAAUUUUCUCAGUACAGAUUCUGAUGAGUGCUAAACACCAGGUGACUAAAACUAGUAUUCUGAAUGAACCAAUAAAUUGACAAAUCUUGUUUCAGGCACUUAGUCUGCUGUGCAAUGAAGUGGUUUCCUACUAAUUUUAGGUUUUAGCAUUUAUAAGAUUGUAUUUAAAAACCUUUAUUAGUCAAAGGUCAGGAUUUUUCAGGAAGAGGCAUUUCACAGUCCAGUGCAGUAUUAUUUCUUCUUUGUAUUAAGACAAAACUUACUCAGUUGAAUUUCAGGUUUUAAAUACACACUGUAAAAUUGUCAUUCAGUUACUUUGUCUCAGGCUAGCAAAUUAUGAGGAGAAAAUUAAUCCUGAAGUAGUUUAAACCAAAUCAUGUUUUAAAUUUAGUAUUGUACAAAUUACAAGUUGUGUUCUAUAUCUUUUUCUAGCCACUGCCCCCCCUUGCCCUGACAGUUUAGUUGUUCAGUUAAGGUUUGUCCCAUUUAGUUAUUCAACUUUGCUAAACAUUUUUGAAAUGGCUACCUUUCGGCCAAGGGUAAAAAGACAUUGAGUCUCUCAUUGUCUCAAAAGUAAAGUUUUCUAACAACUCUCUUAGGUAAUGACUUUUUAUUGCCCCACUCAACUUUAAGGGUCACACAGAAGUUAUGUUGUGGGUCUCUGUUCUUUGCUUUAGAGCAGACCCAAUUCCAGGGUCUAAUGCCCAUCUACAUAGGAACAUUUAAUACCCUGCUGUGUGGGGCCAGUACUCUUGUAUGUGGUCAUAUAGAAUUUGAAAAAAUUUCCUUCAUGUCUCUUUACCAUUAUAUUUCCGUGAUAAUAUAUUAUUCACAUGGAGGGGGCAGUGUGUGUAGUACUUAAUGAUGUGGGCCUGGGUUCAGAUCCUAGCUCUAGUGCCCAGUAGGUGUGUGGCAGCCUGGGUAAGUUAACCAUCCUCUCUGUUGGUAACAGAGCCUGCAGCGUAUGGUUAUGAGGAUUAAAUAAAUUAAUACAGGUAAUGUGCUUAGAAUGAUGCCUCGUAUAAGCUAAAUAAGUUGCUAUUAUUAUUAUUGGAAUAUAGUUUCUAAGUAUUCUUUUUUCAGAAAGAGAUUAAAGAAAAAUUUUAUUCCAUUAUUGUUGUUAGUUGCCGUUGAGCUGGCUUCGCUCAUGAUGAUCGUAUGUAUAACUGAACCUUUCGUUGGCCAGUACUGUGCCAUCUGCGUGAUGGUUGGUAUAUUUGAAUCCCUUGUUGUGGUUAUUGUGUCAGUCCAUCUCAUUGAGGAUUCCCUCAUUUUCACUGACCCUCUUACUUUACCAAACAGGAUGUCUUUUAUUUGUGAAUGGUCUUCCCUGAUGAUGUGUCCAAAGUAAGCAAGCAAAAGUCUCGCUAUCCUCGCUUCUGAGGAGCAAUAUUGUAUUUCUUCCAAGAUGAUUUGUUCAUUCUUCUGACGGUCUACAGUAUAUUCAGUAUUCUUCACCAAUAUCACAAUGCAAAUGCAUCAAUUCUUCUGUUUUCCUUUUUCAUUAGUGCUAAAGAAAAAGUGGAAAACAUCACAUCUUAAAUAAGACAGGAUAAGUAUCAAGUAUUGGUCUUUUUGUUAUUCUGUGUUUGUGUGGCCAUUUUCUUUUGGGUGUUUUCUUGAUUUAUCUGAUUGUAGGGCGAAUAACAGUGCCAAAGUUUCUUUGGGUCUGAAAACAAGAAUUCAUGCCUAUGCAAGAAAAAGAAAUGCCUCCAGCCAUCUCUUCUUUACUGAUGAUUGUAUUGGCCAGGGUAUCUGGUUUUACGAGGUUCAGUUUUUUUAUUCUGGGGAUGAAGAUGAAGGGAAAAAACCUUAGAUAGUUGACUCCAGGCUGCCCAUCUUGGAAAAAUUACUUCCUGUUGUCUCUGAUUUGCAAUUCAGUUAAUCUAGAGGUAGUUACGUGGUAGUGGGAGAAACUACAAGAUUUGUAGUGAGGAAUCAUAUAUUUAAAUAUCAGUUUUACAUUUUAACAGUUGUAUUUCUUUAUAUUCUUUAUCCUCAUUUCCUCUUUGUCUAGCAGGGUUAUUAUGAGGUUUAUAUCAAAUAAUGUUCUACAUUAUGCUGGUGCUUUUAAAAGGAGCCCUAAUGAUGCAGUGGCUAAGCACUUGGCUGCCAGGCGGAAGGUCAGCAGUUCGAACCCACUAGCCUCUCUUCGGAAGCAGAGACAAAGACCUGCUCCUGUAAAGAUUACAGCCUAGAAAACUUUAUGGGGCAAUUCUGCUCUGUCACAUGGGGUCGCUGUAAGUUGGAAUUGACACGAUGGCACACAACAACAGUGCUUUUAAACAUUAUUUGAAUGUAUGUCUCUAACUUACUGUGCUGUUUUGAGAAAAAGUUGAAUCUUUUUAUGAAGAAAAGAAAGUUUUUCAGGAUAAGUCAGUUAUUUUGGGGUGUUUAAAAUAUUUUUAAUAGAAAUUUUUUAAAUUGAAAACUUAAAAAUUUUCAGGUGAUAAAUUAUACAGGUUUAUUAUAAAAUGUUAGAUGAUUAUAAGAAAUAUAAAGCAUAUACAGCAAAAAAUUAAAAUAAUAUGUAGUAGAGGUAACCACUGUUAACAUUUCUUUUUAUAUAUAUAGAGUUUAUAUAUAUUUUUUUCUAAAAUAGGCUUAUACUGUAAAUUUUAUAACCUGCUUUUUUCUGUUAGUAUAUUUUGAAUGUCAGCCAAUUAAUCAAUGGAGCAUAACUUAGCUUUAUUGUUUAUUAUAAAAGAGUACAUGCUUAUUUUUAAAACUUAAUAUAAAAAACAUAAUGAAGCAAAAAUCACAAAAAAUCCCAUCUCUCAUAGAUAUAACCAUUAUUAUGUUUCUGUGCAUAUAUAUAUACAGAUGUACCAUAAUUGCCAUUAUUUAUUUAACCACUCUAUUAACGACAUUUAGUAUGUUUCCAAUUUUGCUAUUAUAGACAAUGCUGUAGGUAUUUAUAUCUUUGCAUACUUAGUUUUUUUUAAUAUAGAUUUAUGGAAGCGUAAUUACUGGGAUAGAGCAUAUGCACGUUUUAAAGAAUUUUGAUACCUGUUGCCUGAUUGUCUCCAAAAAGUUUGUACCAAUUUAUAUCCACUAGCAGUAACCAUUUCCCUGUACCUUUGCCAAUAGAGUUUAAUACUUUUUGAAAAUUAUUACAAUUUCAUAUGCUCUGUUAUAUUGUUGUUUUAAUUAGCCAUUAAAAUGUAAUAUGUAUUUUGUUGUUGUUGAGGAUGUACACGGCAAAACAUAUACUGAUUGAACAGUUUCUACAUGUACAAUUCAAUGAUAUUGAUUACAUUCUUAGAGUUGUGUAACCAUUCUCACCCCCCUAUUCUGAGCUGUUUCUCCCCCAUUAACAUAAAUUCACUCCCCCCUUAGGUUACUAUCUAAUCCUUCGAGUAGCUGUUGUCAAUUUGAUCCCAUGUACACUAUAUUUAGAUAGUUCUUAAAAAAGCAUAAUGCUCAAGGCAGAUAUUUUUUAUUAGUUAAGCUAAACUAUUGUUUGGUUUUAAGAAGACUUCAGGGGAUGUUUUUGGUUUAAGGUUUAAAGAUUAUCUCAGGGCAGUGAUUUCAAGGGUUCAUCCAACCUUCAUGGCCCCAGGGAAGUCUGGAGUCCAUGAGAAUUUGAAAUUACGUUUUGUAUUUUCCCCCUUUUGAUGAGGAUUCUUCUAUGGAAUCUUUGAUCAGAAUGUUCAGUAAUGGUAGCCAGGAACCAUCCAGUUCUUCUUGGUCACAUGGCAAAGGAGGCAAUUGUUCAUGGAGACAAUUAGCCACAUAUUCCAUAUUCUCCUCCAGUUCCUGACUCUUAUUCUUCUGCUCUGCUCCAGGCAAAUAGAGACCAAUUAGUGCCUUCGACGGCUGCUUGAAAGUUUUUAAGACCCCAGGCACUACAUAUUGAAGUAGGAGAUAGAACAGAAACACUAAACAUGUUAUUAGGUCAAUUAACUGGGAGAUCCCAGGCAACUAUGACCUUAAACCCCAAACCAGGAAACCAAAUCUUAUGAGGUGUUUGGUUAUACAUAAGCAUCCUCAGCAGCUACUCUGUUGUUGUUGUAAAUGUAUCUCUCACGCAACUUUUGCCAAUUCAGCUUUUUACAGGUGUACAUCUUAUUGACAGCAAUUACAGUAAUUGGCUGUGCAACUCUACCCUUUCAUCAACAUGGUAUUUGCAUCACCAUUAACCACUCCUUCCUCCCUCCUGCCCCUGGUAACUACUAAUAAACUUUGUUCUCUAUACAUUUGCCUUCUCUUGUCGUUUUUAUGUAAGUGAGGUCAUGCGAUAUUUGUCCUUUUGUGAUUGACUUAUUUCACUUAGCAUAGCGUCUUCCAGCACCAUUCAUGUUGUAGCAUGUGUCAAGAUUUCAUUUUUUCCUACUGGCUGAGUAGUAUUCCAUUGCAUGUGUAUACCACAUUUUGUUUAUCUUUUCACCUGUUCAUAAGCAUUUAGGUUGUUUCUACCUUUUGGCUAUUGUGAAUAGUGCUGAAAUGAACAUUGGUGUACAGGUCUCUGCUUUCAGGUCCUUUGGGUAUACACCUAAAAGUGGAAUUGCUGGUCAUGUGGUAGUUCUAUUUUUAGUUUUUUGAGGAACCGCCACUCUGUUUUCUGCAGUGGCUGUACCAUUUCGCAUUCCCACCAGCCACGGGUAACAUUUCCAAUUUCUCUACAUUCUUGCCAACAGUUUUAUUUAUUUAUUUAUUUAAUAUCUUAACCAUCCUAAUGGAAGGAAAUGGUAUUUCAUUGUGGUUUUGAUUUGCAUCUCUCUGAUGGCUAAUGACGUUAAGCAUCUUUUCAUGUGUUUGAUGGCCUUUUGAAUGUUCUUUUUAGUGAAAUGCCUGCUCAAGUCUGUUGCUUAUUUUAUGAUUGGGUUGUCUUUUUGUUGUUGUUAAAGUUUUACAUAUGUUUUGAGUAUUAGAUUCUUGUCUGAUAUAUGGUUUCUGAAGAUAUUCUCCCAGUCAAUAGCUUGUCUUUUCACUUUUUUGGUAAAGUCUUUUGAUGAGCAAAAGUUUUUACUUCUUAUGAGGUCCCAUUUAUUUAUUUUGUCUUUUGCUCUUUGUACUUUUGUUAUUAUAUUAGAUAAUUCAUUGUUAAAAGCUAGGCCUGAUAGCGUAAAAAUUCUAAGAACUUUAUGGUUUUAGUUUGCACGUUUAAGUCCUUAAUCCAUUUUGAAUUUGUUUUUGUGUAUGGUGUGAGGCAUGGGUCCUAUCUCAUUUUUCUGCAUGUGAAAAUACAAUUUUUCCAGCAUCAUUUAUUGAAGAGACUCUUCUUUCUCCAUCAAAUGGGCUUUGCACCCUUGUCAAAAAUCAGUUGACCGUAGAUGUGUGGGUUUAUUUCUAAACUCUCAAUUCUAUUCCAUUGGUCUGUGUGUCUAUUGUUAUACUGGUACAGGUUGUUUUGAUUACUGUAGCUGUAUAGUAUGUUUUAAAAUGAAGAAGUGUGAGUCCUCUUACUUUGUUCAUCAUUUUCAACAUUGUUUUAGCUACUGGGGGCGUCUUGCCAUUCCAUGUAAAGUUGAGGAUUGGUUUUUCUCUUUCUGUAAAAAAAGCUGUUGGAAUUUUGAUCACAGUUGUAUUGAAUGGAAUAUUUUUACUGUAUAUAGUACGAUUGGUAUUUUUUUAUUGGCAUUAAGUGAGAGCUUACAGAGCAAAUUAAUUUCUCAUUUGAUAGUUUGUGCAUAAAGUGUUCUGUGACAUUGGCUUUAUUCCCCACCACGUAUCAGCACUCUCCCCAUUUCCAUCCUAGGUUUCCCGUUCCCUGUUGUCCUGAUUUUCUACCCCUUCCUUAUAUUUCUUUCUGAAUUGUCUAUUCAUAUCCCUUGCUAAGUUUUCUAUUGGAGUAUGCAUUUUCUAAUUGAUUUAAGAGUUGCACAUAUAUUGAGAGUAUUUAUCCUUUGUCAUAUGUUGCAAAUAAACACUUUCCUGGUUUGUGAGUUUUUUUUUUUUUUUUUAAUUCAGCCAAGUGGCUGUUUCAGAAUCUCUUACUGGUGUAUUAGUCUAUUCAUAUACGUAUAUUUUUUGUGUGUGUUAUUGAUUGAUGACGAGGAAUCUUUCCCAACAGGGAGGGAAAGCCGUUCCCUGGAGUUGACGCCCUGAAUUUGGACUUGUAACCUACAAGACUGUGAGAGAAUAAAUUUCUCUUCCUUAAAGCCAUCCACUUGUGGUAUUUUUCUUAUAGCAGCACUAGAUGACUAAGACAACUACCCGAAGAGAUCUCCUGAUACAGUGCAAUCCCAAUCCAAAUUCCAACAGUAUUCUUUAAAGAGAUGGAAAAACUAAUCACCAACUUUACAUGGAAAGGGCAGAGGCCCCGGAUAAGUAAAGCAUUACUGAAGAAGAAGAACAAAGUAGGAGGCCUCACACUCCCCGAUUUCAGAACCUACUAUAUAGCCGUGGUAGUCAAAACAUCCUGAUACUGGUACAACAGUAGACACAUAGAUCAAUGGAACAGAAUUGAGAAUCCAGAAAUAAAUCCAUCCACCUAUGGACACUUAAUCUUUGACAAAGGGUAGAAGUCCAUUAAAUGGGAAGAGAUAGUCUCUUCAACAAGUGGUACAGAAAAAUGAGACAGGGUCCAUACCUCAUACCAUAUACAAAAACUGACUCAAAAUGGAUCACAGACCUAAGUGUAAAACCUAAAACCAUAAAGAUCAUAGAAGAAAAAAUAGGGGCAAACUUAGGAGCCCUAGUUUAUGUCAUAAAUAGACUAUCAAACAUAACUAAAAAAGCACAAACAGCAGAAGAUAAACUAGACAAUUGGGAACUCCUGAAAAUCAAAUACUUAUGCUCAACAAAAGACUUUUCCAAGAGAAUAAAAAGAGAACCCAGAGACUGGUAAAAAUUUUUUGGCUAUGACAUAUCUGACAGGGGUCUAAUCUCUAAAAUUUAUAGAAAACUUUUAACAACUCAACAACAAAAAGACAACCCAAUUAAAAAGGAGCAAAGGACGCAAACAGACACUUCCUUAAAGAAGACAUCCAGGCACUCAACAAAUACAUAAAGAGAUGGCGAUCAUUAGGCAUUAAACCCACUACCGUCUUGUUGAUUCCGACUCAUAGCGACCCUAUAGGAUUGAGUAGAACUGCCCCAUAGGGUUUCUAAGGAGCAGCUAGUAGAUUUGAACUGCUGACCUUUUGGUUAGCAGCUGUGCUCUUAACCUCUGUGACACCAGGACUCCCAUUAGCCAUUAGUGGGAUACAAAUCAAAAGUACAAUGAGAUGCCUUCUUAUACGAGCAAUAAUGGCAGUGAUUAAAAAAAAUAAUAACAAAUGCUGGAGAGGCUAUGGGGAGAUUGGAACUUUCACACACUGCUGGUGGGAAUGUAAAAUGGUACAACCACUAUGGAAAAUGAUAUGAUGCUACCUCAAAAAUCUAGAAAUAGAAGUACCAUAUGAUUCAGCAAUACCACUUCUAGGUAUAUAUCCUAGAAAAAAAAGAGCCGUGAAGUAAAUAGACAUAUGUAUGUCCAUGUUCACUGUAGCAUUAUCUACAAUAGCAAAAAGUUGGAAACAGCCUAAGUGUUCAUCAACAGAUGACUGGAUAAACAAACUGUGGUACAUACAUGCAAUGGAAUAAUACUAUGCAACAUUAAAGGAUAACGACGAAUCCAUGAAACAUCUCACAACUUGGAUGAACCUGGAGGACAUUAGGCUGAGCGAAGUAAGUCAUUCACAAAAGGACAAAUAUUAUAUGAAACCACUAUUACAAAAAGUCAAGAAAAGGUUUUCACACAAACAUUCUUUGAUGGUUGCUGGGGAUGGGAGAGAGAAGAAUGGAAAACCACUAACUAGAUAGUAGACACGUACUAACUUUGCCUAAGGGAGAGAUAAUACACAAUAUAGGUGAGGUCAGUACAACAUAAUCCAGGUGAAGGAAGACACUGAAAGGUAUGAAAGAGUAAAAGGAAACAACAGUAAGUACAAUCCUGCAACAACAGUAAUAGCAAGCAAUGGAUACAUAGGUAGAUAUGUAAGCUAAACGGGUGAGAAGGUGUAUGGGAGUACACCCACAUACAUAUAUACGUGUACAUGAUGCAAAUAUAACCAUGUAUGCAGUAGUGCACACAGGCGACACAGUCAUGAAAACUUCUAAACCAUAACCAUACACCUCCUAGGACUAAGAUACUGGGCUUGAGGGCUAGGGACCAUAAUCUCAGGGAAUAUCUAAGUCAAUUGGCAUAUUAUAACCCAUAUAGACAAAUGUUCUACAUCCUACCUUGGGUGAGUAGUGAGUGGGGUCUCAAAAGCUUGUGAGCACCUAUCUAAGAUACAACAAUUGGUUGUCUUCCUGUCCAGAGCAAAGAAGAGUGAAGAAAACCAAAGUCGUAAGGAAACAGUCCAGAGGACUAAUGGACUAUGUGAACCAAAGCCUCAACUAGCCUGAGACCAGAAGAAAACUAGAUAGUGCCUGGUUACUGCUACUGCCACUCUGACCAGGACCACAAUAGUAGGUCAUGGACAGAGUGGGAGAGAAAUGUAGAACAAAAUUCAUAUUCAUAAAUAAGACCAGACUUGCUGGUCUGAUAGAGACUGGUAGAACCCCCGAGACUGGGCCACUUAGAAACCCUUCAAACGUGGAACUGAAGUCACUCCUGGAGAUGACGUUAUAGCCAUAUAAUACAAUAAAACCCAAACCAAACCCGUUGCUGUUGAGUCGAUUCUGACUCAUAGUGACCCUAUUGAACAGAGUAGAACUGGCCUGUAGAGUUUCCAAGGAGCACCUGGCGAAUUCGAACUGCUGACCCUUUGGUUAACGCUGUAGCACUUAACCACCACGCCACCAGGUUUUCCAUACAAUACACAGGCCUAUAAAAUGAGCAGUAACACCAGUGAGAAAUGUACGCUUUGGAACAAUCAACUAUACCAGAUCUAAAGGGCAGCAUUUGCCCAAAACCCAAGUUCAGAAGGAAGGGUGGAGCAGGAAAACUAGGCAUAUGGACACAGGGAACCCGGAGAGGACAGGGGGAGAGUACUCAUAUAUUCAGGGGUUUGCAACCAAUGUCACAAAACAAGCUGUGUAUAAAUUGUUGAUUGGGAACUUAAUUUGCUCUGUAAGCUUUCACCUGCAAAAAGUUAUUAUUUGUACCUAUAAGAUUGUACUUAUUUUGGACUCCAAAGAUCACAGAUCUUGAAUAGUAUGCCUGUGCUUGCAGUGCGAUGGAUCACUUUUGAGUGGCCUUUCUCACUGUGGUCUUGUAACUCCCACCUAAGUAAUUGAGUGGGACUGUGCAGAUAGGGUAAUCAUGGCCUACCAAGGGAAUUGGUCAGUUUUGCCAUCCUGCUAGGCUUAAAAAUGAAGAGAGAGCCAAUUCCAGAGCAGAGAGAGAUUCCCACCACCCUCCAGGAAAGAAGAGCCAGUGUGUCUUUUGAAACCAGGAUCGCUGUACAGAGAAGCUCCUGGAAAAGGGCAACCAAGAGGCAGAGAGCUAUAACACAGAAGAGACGAAAAGCAGUGGCAGAGAAACAACGGCAGGAGAGACCAGCAGGAGAUGGUACAGUGGGCUUCCUGGCCCACAGAGUGAGAAAGCUGAGUGUUGUUGGGCAGGAUUCUUGCUGGAGUAAUAGAGUCCCUCCGGGCACUUGGUGAAGCUAGGUUUGCCCACCCACAGAACUAGAGCUUAGUGCCUUUUGGACGAGGCUUACUGGAGGAGUAGGGUGCCAAUAGGAAAGAAAGAAAAAAACAAAAUGGAUGUCAGAAGAGACUCCGAAAGUUGCUCUUGAAGGUAGAGUAGCUAAAGCAAAAGGAAGAAAUGAUGAAGUAAAAGAGCUGAACAGAAGAUUUCAAAGGGCAGCUUGAGAAAACAAAGUAUUAUAAUAACAUGUGCAAAGACCUGGAGAUAGAAAACCAACAGGGAAGAACAUACUAGGCAUUUCUUAAGCUGAAAGAACUGAAGAAAAAAUUCAAGCCUCGAGUUACAGUACUGAAGGAUUCUACGGGGAAAAUAUGAAACGACUCAGGAAGCAUCAAAAGAAGUUGGAAAGAAUACACGGAGUCACUAUACCAAAAAGAAUUGGUUGAUGUUCAGCCAUUUCAGGAGGUACCAUAUGAGCAGGAACCAAUGGUACUGAAGGAAGGGUUCUAAGCUGCACUGAAAGCCUUGGUGAAAAACAAGGCUUCAAGAAUUGACGGAAUACCAAUUGAGAUGUUUCAACAAACGAAUGCAGCACGGGAAGUGCUCACUCGUCUAAGCCGGGAAAUUUGGAAGACAGCUCCCUGGCCAACUGAGUGGAAGAGAUCCAUAUUUGUGUCCAUUCCAAAGAAAGGUGAUCCCACCAAAUGCGGAAAUUAUCAAACAGUAUUAUUAAUAUCACACACAAGUAAAAUUUUGUUGAAGAUCAUUCAAAAGCAGUUGCAGCAGGGCAUUGACAGGGAACUGCCAGAAAUUCAAGCCAGGUUGAGAAGAGGACAUGAAACAAGGGAUAUCUUUGCUGACGUCAGAUGGAUCCUGGCUGAAAGCAGAGAAUACCAGAAAGAUGUUUACUUGUGUUUUAUUGACUAUGCAAAGGCAUUUGACUGUGCGGAUCAUAACAUAUUAUGGAUAACAUAGUGAAAAACAGGAAUUUCAGAGCACUUCAUUGUGCUCAUGAGGAGCCUGUACUUAGACCAAGAGGCAGUCAUUCGAACAGAACGAGGGAAUACUGUGUGGUUUAAAAUCAGGAAAGGUGUGCACCAAGGUUGUCUCUUUUCACCAUACGUAUUCAGCCUGUAAGUUGUUGUUAGGUGCCCACGAGCCUGUUCUAAUUCAUAGCGACUGUAUGUACAACAGAACGAAACACUGCCUGGUCCUGGGCCAUGCCCACUGUCACUGUUAUGCUUGAGCCCAUUGUUGCAGCCAUCUCCUUGAAGGUCUUCCUCUUUUUCGCUGACCUGUACUUUACCAAGCGUGAUCUCCUUCUCCAGGGACUGAUAUCUUCUGACAUGUCCGAAGUACGUAAGACGUAGUCUCGCCAUCCUUGCAGCACAAAUUUGUUUGUUCUUUUGCUAAUCCAUGGUAUAGUCAAUACUCUUCGCCAACAGCACAGUUCAGAGGCGUCAGUUCUUCUGUCUUCCUUAUUUAUUGUCCAGCUUUCACAUCCAUAUGAUGCAGUUGAAAAUACCAUGGCUUGGGUCAGGCACACCUUAGUCUUCAAGGUGAUAUCUUUGCUUUUCAACACUUUAAAGAGGUCUUUUGCAGCAGAUUUGCCCAAUACAAUGCGUUGUUUAACUUCUUGACUACUGCUUCCAUGAGUGUUGACUGUGGACCCAAGUGAAAUGAAAUCCUUGACAACUUCAGUUAUUUUCUCAGUUCACCAUGAUGUUGCUUAUUGGUCCAGUUGUGAGGAUUUUUGUUUUCUUUAUGUUGAGGUGUAAUCCGUACUGAAUGCUGUGGUCUUUGAUCUUCAUCUGUUAAGUGGUUCAAGUCCUCUUCAACCUAUACGUGGAGCAGAUAAUCCAAAAAGCUGGACUAUAUGAAGGAGAAUGGUGCAACAGGAUUGGAGAAAACUCAUUAACAACCUGGGAUAGGCAGAUGACACAACCUUGCUUGCUGGAAGUGAAGAGGACUUGAAGCACUGAUGAUGAUCAAAGACCACAGCCUUCAGUAUGGAUUACACCUCAACAUAAAGAAAACAAAAGUCCUCACAACUGGACCAGUCAGCAACAUCAUGAUAAAUGGAGAAAAUAUUGAAGUUGUCAAGGAUUUCAUUUUACUUGAAUCCACAGUCAACACUCAUGGAAGCAGCAAUCAAGAAAUCAAACAAUGCAUUGCAUUUGGGCAAAUUUGCUGCAAAAGACUUCUUUAAAGUGUUAAAAUCAAAGAUGUCACUUUAAGGACUAAGGUGCGCCUGAUCCAAGCCAUGAUGUUUUCAACCACCUCAUAUGCAUGUGAAAACUGGCAGUGAAUAAGGAAGACCAGAAAAGAAUUGAGGCCUUUGAACUGUGGCAUUGGCAAAAAAUAUUGAAUAUACCAUGGACUGCCAGUAGAAUGAGCAAAGCUGUCUUGGAAGAAAUGUAGCCAGAAUUCUUAUUAGAAGCGAAGAUGUUGAAACUUUGUCUCAUAUACUUGGGACAUGUUGUCAGGAGGACCCAGUCCAUGGAGAAAGACAUCAUGCUUGGUAGAGUAGAGGGCCCACAAUAAAGAGGAAGACCCUCAAGGAGAUGGAUUGAUACAGUAGCUUCAACAGCGGGCUCAAGCAUAAUGAUUUGUGAGGAUGUCACAGGACUGGGCAGUGUUCCGUUCUGUCUUACACUGGGUUGCUAUGAGUUGGAGUCGACUUGAUGGCACCUAAUAACGACAGCAACAACAGGGUGCCUCGGGGCACUUAUCAGCAGAGCUAAAAGCUUCCUAACACUUGCAGGGCAGAAGCCGAAGGCCAGAGAGGCAUGCCUGUGUGCACAGCUGAGAAGAGGCUGUCCUGAUGAAAGAACUGUAUUCCGAGCCUGAAUUGUAACUUGUUACUUCCCUAAUAACCCCCAUAAUCGUGAGUAUUGUCUGUGAAAUCUGUGUGGCCAUUGUAAUGAAUUAUCAAACCCAGCAGAGAAGUAGAGAGUGCUGUGGGAAGGAGGAUUGUUGUCAGAAUUGGUAAAGAUGGCUGAGAGAGGAGGCUUGUCUGACUUCUGCCUGAUAGGAAUCAGCCUUGGGCUGUUGACCUUGAUUCUCCUUCCUCCCUUGUGAAGUUAGAGGAGGGUAAGACACUGCGACCACGCCAUUUUUACAGUGCUUCUUAGAAUUUAGAUUAAAAUGAAGUUGUUUUGUUCCUGCGUAAUGUUACUAAAAGAUUUAAAGAGCAUUAAUAUUUAUGAAAUCGUCAGUUUUAUCUUUUAAUCGCUCUCCUCAAUUCAUCCUUCUUAAAAAGAUACUUCUAGUUAAAAGAUAAACAUUUUUAUUAAUAAUAAAAUAUAUUGAUAACUUUGUUUUAUAUAGAACUAAGGGAUUUAAGUGUUAUACUCUUUAAAUACAAGUAAUGUGUUUGAUCAGGAUAUUAUAUAAUCUGAAAGUCUUCAGCUAUUGAAAUGUUAAAAUUUAAUGUAACUUAAAAGUUUUUAAAUUCUGUGUUUCUGUCUUUUCUAAGGAGUAUAUCAUUGAUCUAAAUAAAUUUUUUCCAGCUAUGAAGAAUUUCAUAAUUUGUGAUAGAUUACUUAUUUGUCAGCCUCAGUAUUAAAAAAAAAAAAAAAAAAAAUUGGCGCUUGCUAUUUCUGAGAUAUACUCAUGUACUUGUGUUAAAUUUGUAUGCUAUGUCCCCUAAAUAAUACACUGUCAUAAUUUCACUGUAACGUGAUGGAUUGAUGUAAAUUCUAAAGCUGAAGUAAUUGUGGUAAUUUUUUUAAGUAUACUGUCCAAUUGUUGAUUUCUUUUAAAUGUUCUUUUAGGUUAGCCUCUGAAAAAUUUGAGUGGGAUAAUUUGCUUUUGAAGUAUAUAGUACAGUUUAUGCUUGGCAGUUUGAAGUUGGGCAGAAAGGCAUGGAUGAAAGAAUGGAUUCAUAUGUAUUUCUAAUCUACAGAAUCUAGGAAGGUAAUCCUUUUUAAAAUUCAAAGUUAAUGGCAAUUUUCUGUGAGGAAUCAUGAAAAUGCCAGAUUUAAGCAUACAAAAGGACAUGUACUGUGUGAGAGCACUAUUAUUUAAGUACAUGUACAUAUAAAACCACCAAACCCACUGCCGUUGAGUCGAUAUAUGUGUAUGUAUAUACAUGUAUAUCUGUGUAUGUGUGUGUGUAUAUAUGUGUAAAAACCAAAAGCAAACCCUUUGUCAUCAAGUUGAUUCCAACUCAGAGCAACCCUUACAGGACAGGGUAGAACUGCCCCCAUAGGGUUUCCAAGGAGCAUCUGGUGGGUUUGAACUGCCAGCGUUUUGGUAACAGCUGAGCUCUUAACCACUGUGAACCAGGGCUCCAUAUAUGUAUAUAUGUGUGUAUUUAUUUGGUUAUAUUGGUGCCCAAAAUGAAUAAACUAGUUUUAGGCUUCCAGUGUACUUUGAAUAUUUUACAUAAUACUCUUACAAAAAAUGAAUAAAUGAAUUAACAAAUCUUAGUCAGAAUUUUAAUUUUUGAUUGGUAAACUUUUUAAAAUGUGACUUUUGCUAAGUUACUAUAUCUGUCUUUCCAGAAGAUGUUAUAGUGGAAUAUCUAAGAAGGAAACUGAAGUGACAUUUGCUAUAUGAAUAAUUUUAAUUCACUUUCGGUAUUGCAGCAAAGUUACAUUUUUAUUUUUAACAAAGUAGUUUUGAGAAUACAGGUAAAAGGGAUGUGAUUCUGAAACUGGUUAGUGUACAAAGUGGUGUGGGGGAAAAAGAAGCAAGUGAAAUUGAAGGAGGAAAAUGAUAAAUUGGAAGGAAAGAUGCCAUUUUGUGUGUGUGUGUGUGUGUCUGUGUGUAGGGUACAAGAGCCUAAGCUAAUCAGAAUUUUUAAAUAUAAAUAUUUGUGUUUUAACCCGUUUUCAUGUUAGAACCAUUUUUUCCCUAGAUGCAGUUUUUAGCUGUAGCUGUAAAUUUACCUGUCUUUCUGGUUAUUCAUUAACCUGUUAGCAUUUGGCGGCUUUAAUAUGUUUAGGAAAAUCUGUUUACUUGUUAGUUGAAAUUGCUAAGAGCUGGAAUUGGAACUAAAAAAAAAAUAACUUGUCCAGAGGCACAUAGUAGCAAGCAGCGGAGCUGGGAUUCAAAUUGAGACAGUUUGCUAUCAGAAUCUGCCCUUCUCUCCCCUCUUGUGACUUUGAUAAAUUUAUCUCUCUCAGUUGUUUUGUGAGGUUUGCUGAGAUAAUGUAUAUUUAAAGCAUCUAGCACUGUAGUUGGUACCUGUUGCUGUUGUUAGGUGCUGUUGAGUCAAUUCUGACUCAUAGUGACCCCACGUACAACAGAAUGAAACACUGCACCAUCCUUGAUGUGCAUUUUUUGAAAGUAAUAUUUUAUUAUGUUUUCGGUGAAGGUUUACGUAGCAGUUUAGGUUCCCAUUCAACUGUUUGUACACAAGUUGUUCAGUGACAUUGAUUACAUUCUUCACGAUGGGUGAACAUGCUCAUUACUUCCAUUCCGGUUGUUCUGUUUCAAUUAAUCUAGUUUCCCUGCCCCUUUACAUUCUCAUCUUUGUUUUAGAGUAAUUGUUGAUUGGUCUCAUAUAGGUAAUUUUUUAAAGGAGCACAGUAAUCAUAGGUAAUAUUUUUUGAGCCAUUUUAUUAUUUAGCAACAAGGUUACCUCAGGGGUUAGUUUCAGUUCAAGGUUUGAAGAGUAUCUCAGGUCAGUCAUCUCAGGAAGUCUUUCAGUCUCAACCAGCCCAGUGGGUAGGAUUGUUUGUUUUUUUAAGGAGUUUGAGGUUCUUUUCCACAUUUUUCUCCCAUUCUAUCAGGAUCCAUCUGUUGUGGCCCUGAUUAGAACGGUUGGUAGCCAGGCACCAUCUAGUUCGUCUGGUCCCAGUGCAGGUGAGGACUACAUGUAGUUCAUGUAGACUGUCAUUUAGACUGGUUUCUUCUUUGGGAAAAUGUGUAUUUUGAAGUGAAAUUAGAGUCAUCUUGAAAUGGGCAUGAGAUAUUCACCUGAUUGCCUCUGGAAUAAAAGAAAUUAUUUCCAUGGGAUAUUUCAAUAACACCUCCUCAUCGUAUACCCCUUUGAGGACAGUAAUUAUGACUUUCAUUUUUGUUAGUAGCUCCGGUUAAUAUCUCCAUGGUUCAGUGGUUCCUGGUAGCCCGUCAGCGAAUAUAGAAUGGACUCGACAGCAGUGGGCAGUGGAAUCCGUCUAUGAUCUUCUCCCAAAGGAGUUACAGUUACCUCCACCUAGAGAAACAUCUGUAGCAUCAAUGAGUCAGACAAGUGGCGGUGAGGCAGGCUCGCCUCCUCCAGCUGUAGUUGCUGCUGAUGCUUCUUCAGCUCCCUCCUCUUCCUCCAUGGGCGGUGCUUGCAGCUCCUUUACCACCUCUUCCAGCCCUACCAUUUAUUCUACCUCAGUCACCGACAGCAAGGCUAUGCAAGUAGAGAGCUGCUCCUCAGCUGUGGGGGUAAGUAACAGAGGGGUAAGUGAAAAGCAGUUAACCAGUAACACAGUCCAGCAGCAUCCUUCAACACCGAAGAGGCACACAGUCUUGUACAUCUCACCACCACCCGAGGACUUGUUGGAUAACAGUCGGAUGUCCUGCCAGGAUGAGGGGUGUGGAUUGGAAUCUGAGCAGAGCUGCAGUAUGUGGAUGGAGGAGUCCCCCUCCAACUUCAGUAAUAUGAGCACCAGUUCCUACAAUGAUAACACUGAGGUACCUCGUAAAUCACGAAAACGAAAUCCAAAGCAGAGGCCGGGGGUCAAACGACGAGAUUGUGAAGAAUCUAAUAUGGAUAUAUUUGAUGCCGACAGUGCCAAAGCACCUCACUAUGUGCUUUCUCAACUUACCACGGACAGCAAAGGCAACUCAAAAGCAGGAAAUGGAACAUUAGAAAACCAAAAAGGAGCUGGAGUAAAGAAGAGCCCUAUGUUGUGUGGACAAUAUCCUGUUAAAAGCGAGGGAAAGGAGCUGAAAAUAGUUGUACAGCCUGAGACCCAGCACCGAGCCCGGUACCUAACUGAGGGUAGCCGUGGCUCUGUAAAAGAUAGAACACAGCAAGGUUUUCCUACAGUAAAGUUGGAAGGCCAUAAUGAACCAGUAGUGUUGCAAGUAUUUGUGGGUAAUGACUCUGGUCGAGUGAAACCACAUGGGUUUUAUCAGGCCUGCAGGGUAACUGGACGAAAUACAACUCCCUGCAAAGAAGUGGACAUUGAAGGCACUACUGUUAUAGAAGUUGGCCUUGAUCCUAGCAACAACAUGACACUGGCGGUGGACUGUGUAGGGAUAUUGAAAUUGAGGAAUGCUGAUGUUGAAGCUCGAAUAGGAAUUGCUGGUUCCAAGAAAAAAAGUACUCGUGCCAGACUGGUUUUCCGAGUUAAUAUCACAAGGAAAGAUGGCUCCACUUUGACACUGCAAACUCCCUCUUCUCCGAUUUUGUGUACUCAGCCAGCAGGAGUGCCAGAAAUCUUAAAGAAAAGCUUGCAUAGCUGUUCAGUGAAAGGAGAAGAAGAAGUGUUUUUAAUUGGCAAGAACUUUCUGAAAGGAACUAAGGUUAUUUUCCAAGAAAAUGUUUCUGAUGAAAACUCUUGGAAAUCAGAAGCUGAAAUCGACAUGGAAUUAUUUCAUCAGAAUCAUCUUAUUGUGAAGGUUCCCCCAUAUCAUGACCAACAUAUAACUUUGCCUGUAUCAGUGGGAAUAUAUGUAGUGACCAAUGCUGGGAGAUCUCAUGAUGUUCAGCCAUUUACCUACACUCCAGACCCAGCAACAGCUAGUGCUUUGAAUGUAAAUGUGAAGAAGGAAAUAUCCAGUCCGGCAAGACCUUGUUCUUUCGAAGAGGCUAUGAAAGCAAUGAAAACUACUGGAUGUAACUUGGAUAAGGUAAAUAUUCUUCCUAAUGCUCUGAUCCCUCCGCUCAUAUCAAGCAGCAUGAUUAAGAGUGAAGAUGUUACUCCAAUGGAAGUAACAGCAGAAAAAAGAUCUUCCCCUAUUUUUAAGAAUACAAAGCCAGUUGGAUCAACUCAGCAAACAUUAGAAACUAUCUCUAACAUAGCAGGAAAUGGGUCUUUUUCAUCAUCAUCAUCUUCCCACUUACCGUCUGAAAAUGAAAAGCAGCAACAGAUUCAGCCCAAGGCAUACAACCCAGAGACCCUAACAACUAUCCAAACACAGGACAUUUCCCAGCCUGGUACCUUCCCAGCAGUUUCUGCUUCUAGUCAGCUGCCUAAUAGUGAUGCACUACUACAGCAAGCUACACAGUUUCAGACAAGAGAAACUCAAUCUAGAGAGGUAUUACAGUCCGAUGGUACAGUGGUUAAUUUGUCACAACUGACUGAGGCAUCACAGCAACAACAGCAGUCACCACUACAAGAACAAGCACAGACUUUACAGCGGCAGAUGUCAUCAAAUAUUUUUCCAUCACCAAACAGUGUGAGUCAGCUACAGAAUACUAUUCAGCAGUUGCAAGCAGGAAGCUUUACAGGCAGUACUACUAGUGGCAGCGGUGGAAAUGUUGACUUGGUCCAACAAGUUUUAGAGGCACAACAACAGUUAUCUUCAGUUUUAUUUUCUGCUCCAGAUGGUAAUGAGAAUGUUCAAGAACAGCUUAGUGCAGACAUUUUUCAACAAGUCAGUCAAAUUCAAAAUAGCGUAAGCCCAGGGAUGUUUUCCUCAACAGAGCCAGCCGUCCAUACCAGGCCAGAUAAUUUAAUGCCUGGAAGAGCUGAAAACGUUCAUCCACAGUCUGAAAACACACUAUCUAAUCAGCAGCAGCAGCAACAGCAACAGCAAGUGAUGGAAUCAUCAGCAGCAAUGGUGAUGGAGAUGCAGCAGAGUAUCUGCCAGGCAGCUGCCCAAAUUCAGUCAGAGUUAUUUCCUUCAACUGCUUCAGCAAAUGGAAACCUUCAACAAUCUCCAGUUUACCAACAGACUUCUCACAUGAUGAGUGCGUUAUCUACCAAUGAGGACAUGCAAAUACAAUGUGAAUUGUUUUCUUCUCCUCCGGCAGUUUCUGGAAAGGAAACUUCUGCAACCACCACUCAGCAGGUUGCAACCCCUGGCACUACCAUGUUUCAGACAUCAAGUUCAGGCGAUGGAGAAGAAACUGGAGCACAAGCAAAACAGAUUCAGAACAGUGUCUUUCAGACCAUGGUCCAAAUGCAACAUAGUGGGGACAGUCAACCUCAAGUUACCCUUUUUUCAUCUACAAAAAGUAUGAUGAGUGUUCAGAAUAGUGGUACCCAGCAACAAGGCAAUGGUUUAUUCCAGCAAGGUAAUGAGAUGAUGUCACUUCAAUCUGGGAGUUUUUUGCAGCAGUCUGCUCAUUCUCAGGCUCAACUUUUUCAUCCUCAAAAUCCAAUUGCUGAUGCCCAGAACCUUUCCCAGGAAACUCAAGGUUCUCUUUUUCAUAGUCCAAGCCCUAUUGUCCGCAGUCAGACUUCUACAACCUCCUCUGAACAAAUGCAGCCUCCAAUGUUUCACUCUCAAAGCACCAUCACUGUGCUACAGGGCUCUUCUCAAGACCAGCAACCAACCAACAUAUUUCUUUCCCAGAGUCCUCUGAAUAAUCUCCAAACUAACACAGUGGCUCAAGAAGAACAGAUUUCAUUUUUUGCCGCACAGAACUCAAUUUCUCCACUUCAGUCAACAUCAAGCACUGAGCAACAAGCUGCUUUCUCACAGCAAGCUUCAAUAUCACACAUCCAGACCCCUAUGCUUUCCCAAGAACAGGCACAACCAUCUCAGCAAGGUUUAUUUCAGCCUCAGGUGUCCCUGGGUUCCCUUCCACCUAAUCCAAUGCCUCAAAACCAACAAGGAACAAUCUUCCAGUCACAGCACUCAAUGGUUGCCAUCCAGAGUAGCUCUCCAUCCCAGGAGCAGCAGCAGCAGCAACAGCAGCAGCAACAGCAGCAGCAACAGCAGCAGAGCCUUUUAUUCAGUAAUCAGAAUACCAUGGCUACAAUGGCAUCUCAGAAGCAACCACCACCUAACAUGAUAUUCAACCCAAAUCAAAAUCCAAUGGCUAAUCAGGAGCAACAGAACCAGUCAAUUUUUCACCAACAAAAUAAUAUGGCACCAAUGAAUCAAGAGCAGCAGCCCAUGCAAUUUCAGAAUCAGCCCACAGUUUCCUCACUUCAAAACCCAGGUUCUACCCAGUCUGAAUCACCACAGACCUCCCUAUUCCACACCUCUCCUCAGAUUCAGUUGGUCCAAGGGUCACCUAGUUCUCAAGAGCAGCAAGUAACACUCUUCCUCUCUCCAGCAUCCAUGUCUGCAUUGCAGACCAGUAUAAACCAACAAGACAUGCAACAGUCUCCUCUUUAUUCCCCUCAGAACAGCAUGCCUGGAAUACAAGGAGCCACAUCUUCACCUCAACCACAGGCUACGUUAUUUCACAACACUGCAGGAGGCACAAUGAACCAACUACAAAAUUCUCCUGGUUCAUCUCAGCAGACAUCAGGAAUGUUCUUAUUUGGCAUUCAGAAUAACUGUAGUCAGCUUUUAACCUCUGGACCAGCUGCUUUGCCGGAUCAAUUGAUGGCUAUAAGCCAGGCAGGGCAGCCACAAAAUGAGGGCCAGCCACCUGUAACAACACUUCUGUCUCAGCAAAUGGCAGAGAACUCUCCACUGGCAUCUUCUAUAAACACCAACCAGAACAUGGAAAAGAUGGAUUUGCUCGUUUCAUUGCAAAAUCAAGGGAACAAUUUGACUGGCUCCUUUUAACUGGAUAUAUAAAUUCCAUGAAGAAAACCUGAUUCCAAGAUGUCCUGAGAUUUUGCGGUUUGAUGAGGAUUACUGAACUGUUACUUUCAAAACAAAAUAUGAAAAACUGUGUUUGAGUAAAUGAAUAGAUUUUACUCUGACUGCAAAAGAGCACACAUCUGCAGCCUGUUGCAGUGAUUAGCCACCAAUGUUAACAUCUUCAUAUUUUAUAUUCCUAAUAACAGUGGUGACUGAAAAUCUAUUUGAGUUUCCAGCUGGCAGAAUUCAUUGUUGCUAUUUUCCUAGGCACUAUUUCUGUGAAAGUGCAGUUUAAAUUUAAGGCUGGACCAUCAGUCAUUAUUGCUAUUAGAAAAUAAUUCAUAUACCAUGUUUACUUUUGUUCUUUGUUAUUUUCUUUCCUGUAUUGUUUUAGUCAAUUAAUGGCUUUUGAAAAAGUAAUGUUCAAAUAAUAACUGAAGCUGUGAUUUUCAGUAUAAAAAAGCACAGCUGUGGGCCAAAGUGAAGGAAUUUUUUUUUUUUUUUUUUCAGUUUUUAUGGGGAAACUGAAGGGGUAACAUUCUGAUAAGUAAGCUGUAUUAAGAACUCUACACAGAUGAGAGAACUCUUUAUUUAACACAAAGGCAGACAAUACAGUUACAAAACUGGGGACAGCUGGAAUGCUCUUGGUUUUAUUUUUCAGAGAGUUGUUAAUUCUCUGUGUUUCUACUAAGAGGUUUAGCCAUAACUGUGCAUAGAAAAGUACCUAUCAUGCUGUAUAAAAAAUGAAGGGGAUAACAUAUGGCAAAUUCUGUUUUGAUAUCUUCUACAGUAGUUUAAACCGACAGUAAUUUGAGUCUGUUUUCCUCUUAACUCAGUCUAAGACCGGCGUUCCUUUUAUAUUCAUCCAUAUUAUUCUUCCUCUCAUUCUCAUUUUAGAUAAUUAUUCAUAUACUUACUGGCUUUAUGACCCUGUAGCAACUUAAAGAAAAAAGGCCGCUUUCAUCUAGGAUGACCCAGCUCCUGCAGUACAGGGCAGGGGAGUGAGUACCCUUUCAGGAAUUGAUUGGGAGUUGAUUCCUGAGAAAAAAAUGCAUUUUUUCCCCCCAUGAACGGUGCUGUUCUAAAAUCUUCAGAUUUUCCCCUCUAACAGGAAACAGUGUAAAAUUUAAUUAAAAACAAAACAAAAACUAAAAUUUCUUGAAAUAUCACUUCUCCCUGAGCUGCAGUGAGUGUAACUUCACUUGUCACCUCAGUGCUUUAUAGUUUGAAGUGGUCACUUCUGUGAUGGUUCCCACAAGCCUUAGGCUUUUACAGGGUCAUAUCAGUUGACUUAAAAUGAAGAAUUAACUUUUGUUACAUCUAUAAAGAGGAAAAUAACACACUCCAGAACCUGCAGUUGCAGCACUAGUUAUACAGUUUGGGGUGUUCUUGCCACCCAUGGGAUGCCUGCUUCUCACUACAACCUGUUGUCUGGACAUGUGCUUAUUUCUUAUUUUCCUUUUGGUGUGUAGAAAGCUGUUAAUACAGUUUAAGGCCAAACUGUGUAUGGCUUCUAUAUGUUGAUAAAAUGUUUUUGGUAUCCUUGUCCAUUUAAUUUUUUUUAAGUGUACAAAAAAUAGCCUGUUAAUUGUUCGUUGAAGGCUACUUUUCUGUUUUUUUCUGUUUAGUUGAACUGUGUGAAAUUGUGGUGUUGGUUUUGUUUAUAUACAGCCAGAUUUUUCCCCCCUUUUUGUGAUGGCCUUCCUUGGUUCUUUGAGCUCUUCUUCUAAUUUGUUUUUUUAUCUUUAUUCUCAUAUAUUCUUCCUCCUCCCCAACCCUUUCUUCCUUUCUCUCUCUGAUUGAGAGGCAUUGAAUUACGUUUUCAGUAGUACAGGCUUCUUGCCGAUAUGAAGGGAACUUUUCAGAAAGAGACCUACUCUGGGUCAUUUAAUUUUGAAUACAGUUUUCAAUCGUUCAAGUUUUGGAUGGUUUAUAUCUGUGUGUUUCAUUUUUUUGGAAAGCUAUAUUUUGUAUUUAGGAAAUGGUAUACUAUUUUGCUAUUUGUACUGAGUGAGUACAUUGGCAUAAAUAUAGAAAUUUAUAUAUAUAUAUAUACACAUAUAUAUAAACUAUUCUUUUUUUGCCACACAUUUUUGUGGUAAAUUUGUGAGUUUGUCUGAUGUUCUACCACAACGUGGCGUCUGAUAACAGUGAUGGGGGUGGGGGGGUUAUUAUGUCUUUAUUGAGUAUUUAAGUAUCUUUUGAAACAAAUGACCUGUUCAUCUGUGGCCAUUCCAUCAGGCAGUACCUUGGUGUUAUUAGUGGGUUAAAGGCAGCUUACUGUAUGUUUGCUGGGUCUUCACUCAGCAAAAUGUUAGCGUAAGGAAACCCAUGUAAGCAGUUUUGUCAAAUGGUGUUUCACAAGAAUGAGCCAUUCAGUCUUUGCUCACUAUAUAUUUAAUAUUUUAUUAUUGUUGUUAUUGUUAUUAUUAAUUGGCUUUCUGUAUUCUAUGCCUUUUAUUUAUAAAGACACUAAAAAAAAGCCAUGUUUGUAAUUUUAAUAACAUCUUUCCCAUCUUGUAAUAUCCAGAGCUAUUUUAUAUAAAUUCUCUGAACCAAAAGCAUUUUCCUCAAUACAUUUCUUCUUCCCCCACCCCAUCUGAAGAAAAUUACCCAAUAUAGUUCAGGUUAUGAGAAGGAUCAGCCACAUAAUCCAGUACUUCAGUUUUAAAAUACAAAAUUCUGACUUUAGAGGGUUGACUGUAAUGUCGGAGAAAGCCUUCCCAGCAGGUAUAUAAAUAAGAAAUAAAAUGCCAUAAGGUUAUUUCUGAGUUUUCUGAAUUUUUUUUAACAGAUUACAUAGGAGACUCAGAAAGUCUAUUUGUUCACCAACUUCCACUUAGAAUGUUAACACUGUGCUAUGGAUGAAGUGGUGGCAAGAAGACUGGCUUGUGUGCUGACUUCUAUCCUGUUGUUUAGCAAGAAGUUUAUUGCGGUGAAAUGUUGAUUGCCAAUACCAAGUCACCAGGGACCAAUUUUCUGUUUUAUGAUAUCUAAGUUUAGAACAGAACAUACACCUGAACUGUAGUGGUUUGGUUGGAUGAAGGCAGAAAAACCAGGUUUUAUUUUCACAAAUUUUGUGGUUAUUUAUACAAGGGCUGUGCUAUGCUACCAUAUUCUUAUUCAAUAAGACAGAUUUUUUUUUUUUUUUUUUUUUAACAUUGUUAAUUGUUCCUUACCCCAAAGGUCAAUGUUAAGUACAGAAUUCUGAGUAUAUGAUUUGGUCACAAAAAGUAUUUGUCUCCUUAUUGAAGAUUUAGCUCAGUGGUUGAUACUUGUGCUAAAAAUACAAUAUCCAGAUUACUGUCACAAGUUAUAGCUACGUAUGGGAGAGACACAGUUUAUUAGAUUUAUUUUAUGGCAGAAGGACCUAAAUAAACUGUGAACCACAUUUUAUUUCUUUAAAUUGUUAUAUUCAGUUCUUACUUUCAGCAACUUACAUUAAUGCUUGGAGCUUAUCUGUGUGUGUGAGAGAGUGUGUUUUAUUCCUUAUUGUCAUUCCAUUAUGUAUCCACACCAACGUGGUAGAAGAUAACUAGAAGUCAGAUUUUGCUUUUGAGCUUUAUCAUCUUACCUGUGUAAUUAGAGUAUCAUGUUGUUAUUUAGCCAGUGCAAAUCUGUUGCAGCCAGUCUCCCUAGAACAGGUUUUUUAAAGGGCUUUGUUUAUUAUAGAAACAGUAUAAAUGAAGGGUUUUCUUUCCUUUCUUCCUCCCUUCCUUACUCCCUCUCUUAUAAUCUUGUGUAUGAUGUAGUUCGGAACAUUUAAGCCAUUAUAAAUAUUUGUUUUGGAAAAGUGAAAUCUGAAAAGCAUCAACAAAUAAAGACCAGAAAAAACUGCUUUAAUAGUUAAAGUCUCAAAUUCAACAUGUUUUUUUUUUUUUUUUCGUGCUUUAAGUGAAAGUUUACAAAUCAAGUCAAUCUCUCACACAGGAACUUAAAUAUACCUUGCUACAUACUCCCAGUUGCUCUCCCCCUAAUAAGACAGCCUGCUCCCUCCCUCCACUCUCUCUCUCUCUUCAUGUCCAUUUCGCCAGCGUCUAACCCCCUCUACCCUCUCAUCUCCCCUUCAGGCAGGAGAUGCCAACAUAGUCUCAAGUAUCCACCUGAUCCAAGAAGCUCACUCCUCACCAGCAUCCCUCUCCAACCCAUUGUCCAGUCCAGUCCAUCAACGUGGUUUAUAAAUACUCACAAUGAGAAACAUGAGAAUUUUUUUCAUUUUCCUGGUGAAAAUUUCUGUUCUAGUGUCUCUUUCUUAAUUGAUUUUUGUCUAUUUAAUUGAAAAUUAUAUGAGUCCUUUUAGCUUUACUCUGCUUUGUGACCAGAAGCUUCAUCCCUAACCUGCAUACCUUUGGUUACCUGGAGGGACUUAAUGGAAAAAGAGAGACUGGAUAGUUCAGUAGAUGUCCUAGAGAAGUGGUACAAGGGUAUACCCUAGUCAUGUGGGUGAGUAGAGUCUUAUAACAUGUACUUAGAACAGAUUUUCUCCUCUGCCUAUUUGUAUCACUAGAGCUAAAUGGUGGAGAUAAUGUUCAUAAUGGAGUAAAUAUCAGAAUAAUAGCUAAAAUAUCACUUGUCAAUUGUCCCAGUGCUCUACAUCUUUAAUCACCAUUUAUUUUAACAUCAUACUAGCCUUAUUAAUAAAAUUCUGUUUUUAUUCCACUUUUUCUGGAAAUUUUUUUAAUAUUUCAUAUAUACAUUAAAUACUUAUGGAAAAGUGUCUUUUUACCUUGAUAGUGCCCCCUUCUUAUAAUUUCAUUUUUCACUAUUGCCAAAACACAUGAACAAAAGGUUUUAAUAGGUCCCAACUCUAAAUUUUUCCAUUUAGCCAUUCUUUCCUCCAUUUUUUUUUUUUUUUAAAUUAUGCGUUAGGUGAAAGUUUACAGAGUAAAUUAGUUUUCUCAUUCAAAAAUUUAUAUACAAAUUGUUUCCUGACAUUGGUUGCAAUCCCUGCAGUGUGUCAUCACUUUCCCACUUUCCACCCCAGGUUCCCUUGUGUCUAUUCGUCCAGUUUUCCUGUCCCUUCCUGCCGUUUCAUCUUUGCUUUCGGGCGAGUGUUGCCCAUUUGGUCUCAUGUACUUGAUUUGUCUAAGAAGCACGUUCCUCAUGUGCAUUAUUAUUUGUUUUAUAGGCCUGUCUGAUCCUUGGCUGAAAGGUGAACUUCGGGAGUGGUUUCAGUUCUGAGUUAGAAGGGUGUCCAGGGGCCAUAGUCUCAGGGGUUCCUCCAGUCUCUGUCAGACCAGUAAGUCUGAUCUUUUUUGUGCAUUUGAACUUUGUUCUACAUUUUUCUCCUGCUCUGUCCGGGAUCCUCAGUUGUGAUCCCAGUCAGAGCUGUUGGUGGUAUUAGCCGUGCACCAUCUAGUUCUUCUGGGCUCAGGCUGGUGGAGGCUGUGGUUCAUGUGGUCCCUUAGUCCCUUGGACUAAUAUUUUCCUUGUUUCUUUGGUUUUCUUCAUUCCCCUUUGCUCUGGACAGGAUGGGACCAAUAGAUGUAUCUUAGAUGGCCACUUGCAAGCUUUUAAGAGCCCAGAUGCUACUCACCAAAGUAGGAUGUAGAACAUAUUUUCCUCCAUUUCUUAAUCACAAUAGGAAACAACAUCAUUAAGUCUAACCCCCUUUGACCUAAGAAUAGCAGAAAAGAUGCAGUGUUAGAAGGAGGGUAAGUAAAAAAUUAUAGGAUUAUACUGUUUAGGCUUUAUAUAAAUUAACUAUAAAUUUUUCCUUUAGCUUCACUAAUGAUAGAUCUAUGUUAGUGCUAAUGAAAUUGUGAGACUCCGUAUAAAAAAAAUGUGUAUAGUGAAAUUUCAGCAAUAAAGUGUUUAAACCAUCUGCUCUGAUCUUAGAUGGAUGAAAUAAAUCACUAAAACAUAGUUUAGGUAAAAAGCCUGGUAAAAUCAAUUUUUCUAACAAGACAGGGCCAGGUAAUUCAUGAUAGUGUAUCUUUGCCCACCAGAACCUCAGUUAAUCUGCCUAGGAAAAAUAAUGUUAAAGGAAAUGAGAAAGGAGCUUUAUCUGAAGCCCUCCAGAAUUAAUAAUUUCUUUCUACCAGAUGCAGUUGUAUUGAGUGUCCCUCUGGUUUUUUGUUGUUGUUGUUGUUGUGGUAGUGCCUGAAGAAAAGGCCAUCAGAACAGGUCAGGAUGGUAGUACCUUUGGGAUAGAGCAGCUUUUCCCAUGUAUUUCCAUGACUGUAGUGGCACUGAAGUUAGCAAACCUUUAUGCAAUAUUCUUAGUACUCUAUUGACAUGCACUUUAAUCAUUCCAAAGAAGCCAAGAAUGCUAUAUAGUGAUGAUUCCUUCUUAAUGAAUACAUCUUAAUUACUUAGAAUACUUAUGUCCAUUUUUAUUUUGGAUAGUCAACUUGGUAUAAGUAUUAUGUAGAUGUUUUCUAAAAUGACUGUAUAGUAGGACCUAAGCCUUUAGAACGUUUUUCGUUGCUGUCGAGUGGAUUCCAACUCAUGGCAAUCCCAUGUAAUGACUAUAUAAAAAAAAAUUAUUACAUUUCAGCAAAUCAUUUUAGAAAAAUUAAAAUGUCAGCUUGCUCAUCUAUAUGUUUGAGUUAAUUAAUUAAAACCAGCCCUCUUCCUAUAUAUUUUCUGUGUCAUGUAUAUAAGAACAUUAUAGUGUAUAGUUUUCUACAUAUAUAUAAACCAGUGGUUCUCAGAGUAUGGUUCUCAGCCCACCAGCCAGCAUCAGUAUCACCCAGGAACUAGUCAGAAUUGUAGAUGUUUGGCCUUAUCCUAGUCAUACUGAAUCAGAAAU